AUGGGAUCGGUGCUCAACCAGCAGUACCCAAGUAAAGUAUCGCUUUCUGGGGUGGUUUAUGUGGCUGAAAGAUGGAGUUAAAGGGCAGGAUCGCACGUAUGUACAGAGCAAACGUGGGCUGGGCUGCUGCGUGUGGGGGGAGUGUGAGAAAUAGAAGCGGAGUGAGUCACAGCAGAUGCUGCCUUUCCUUCGACAGUGCCCUGAAGCUUUGGAGGUUAUUGAUGUGUGUGUGUGUGUGUGUGUGUGUGUGUUUAAUUUUUUUUUUUUACUACUUCCUCUGUGACUUUGGUGUACUUAAUGUUUUCGUGGGUAGGGGAAAAACAAAGGUUGGUUUCGUAAUGUUUCUUCGUGCGUGCAUGUGUUUUUGUGUGUCAUCUGUAGCAAUCGUUCUUGUACAAGCGCCAAGGAGAUGUUACUAGAAUUUAAUUCUUUCCCUUUUUGUGUGUGUGUGUGUGUGUGUGUGUGUGUACGUACGUCCUUGUUCUCCCGCAAUCUCCUCUUCAAAUCAGCGGGGGCGCGUAAAGGUGGAGAUGAGCCCGGGAAAUUGCCGGAACAAGAAGAAGAAGAGGAGGAGGAGGAGGAAGAAGAAGAAUCCCAGGUUUUGCACGGAACAGGCCAUUGCAAGUGGUUUAAUGUGCGAAUGGGGUUCGGAUUUAUUUCCAUGCUCAACCGCGAGGGAAGCCCCUUGGAGACUCCGGUUGAUGUCUUUGUACACCAAGUAAGCCCGUUUUGUUGUUUUAGUCGAAUCUCAGCCCCCCACCCUACCCCACCCAUUUCCCUCUAACCCAUGCCUUCGUUUUAUGUGGUCUAAAAACCCCUUUAAAUGCUUCCGUAGAUGUUUGUGAGCUCUGUUUAAAGCCAGCUUCAGAUAGCAGUUUCUGUUUGCCAUCCAACCGCCCUCCCCCCACAAAUGAGAUCAGUAUCCAUGACUUGUUGGUCCUGUAGAAAGAAAAGUGUACCAUCUCAACAGGUUUGUUUGUUUUUUAGUACAAAGUCUUGCUUUUGUUUAGCGUUCUCUUGCUUUGUUUGUGGGUGGAUUGAGUUUUAGUUGUUUUUCGUGAUGGAAGAGAUUCUUCUCUGCUAAAAUGAUAGUAGAAAAAAAAGCAAGUCACCUAAAUGACUCCCAGGCUGCAGCUCUGUGCAUACUUAUCAGAGUUAACAGUGGGACUUAAUGUUUCAGUAAACAUGCGCAGGAUGUGCUGAUAACUUUCCCCAUGGUGAAAAUUAAGAUCCUUUUAAGUGUUGUGGGCUCUUUCUUUCUCCUAAAAAAGCUAGAUAGUGUUGCAGUUUGUUUUUAUGAUGCUUAUGUUCAGAUCAAACCAAACAGUAGUGCACAACUUGUAUUUGUUUUGCUGCAGUGUAGUGUGGAUAUUGAAAGAGUUCGUAUAGUGGACUAUGAUACAUCAAAGGAUCACUGGUGUUUUGUGUUUUUGGGUGUGUGAAGGUCUUCUGACUGGAAAACAUUUUCCUGACAUGUAUAAGACCCUUGUCUCCUUAAGGUCAGAGGGCUCAAAAGCCAAAGUACAGGAGGUGGCUAUUGUCCUCAUAUAUGUGUAUAUAAAAGCAAGACCAAGCUAAUGUUGAUAUUUACUAUAAAAUCAUUACAGUAAUAGUGGGAAUGUAACAAAACAAAACAAAAAACCUGUGGCAUGUGUGUGUUCUUAGAACUGUCUUCUUUACCCCUUGAUUUUCUGAGCCCUGAAAAGCAGUAGUAGUUCAAAUCUGAAUUGGAGUGUUCUUUUUAUUGCAGUAAUCUCAAAAGGGUAAAUUAUUGGGUUACUCAUAGAAUGAAAUACCCUUAAGCCUAAAUAUAGUUUGCUAAACUUCAAAUUGAUUUAAAUAGAAGUCCUUAGCCCCAUAUGUGCUUACUAUUGCUUAUAGUUUGUUUUCAGAACAUGGAUAAUGUUUGACUUGUGACCACAUGAGAACUGCUAAAAACAGCCUUAAGUUUUGUAAUGGUGGUAGUCAUUUUCUAGCAAACUGACACAUUCUUGUGCUUGCCUUUAAUCUGUGUGUACAUAUAUCAUUCCUGAAACCCUAGUUUGGUCCAAGCACUGCACAGUUUGGGAGUCCCCCUCGUCUAUUUUGUGGGUCCUAUUUAUAAUAAUAGAGCAGACUUUAAGGUAACUGAAAAAUAAGGACAUGUGACCUCAGUUUUAAAACCACUUACAGUUGCAAUAUUCAGUGAAACUGCUCUGGAAUUAGUGACUUUAUAAUUUCUAUUUCUAACAAUAAAAUUGGAUAAUGAUCUCCUGAGAUUGGGUAUCUGUUUUCUAAUCUAGAAGUGUUACUUCCGUAUAAUUUUAAACUUUCAGUUUGACAUUAGCACAUGAAAGCUGCUCCUUUUCUUAUGUGUCUUUCUGAAAUAUAAGUACUGAAGCUGUUGUCAGUGUUGAUUGCUAGCAGCUUCUGGGCUUUGCUCCUGUUCUCCCCCCCCUCCCCGCCACCUUGACCUUUCUUUAGGUCACUGUAUUGAGGUUUACAAUCCUACAUGCUUAUCAUGGUAUAUAUGAAGGAGUGUUUUUCUGAUCAUAUGCAGUAUUAUUUUCUUUGCUCUUCAGUAUGAGAAUCAGAAAUCUUUACAGCAUAAAUGCAUUUGAUAAGAUCACUCAUUGAGCUGAUCAUGCAGCUGGAUCAGUGCUUUCUGACUUCAGUGCUACUAUUCUACUGCUGGAAUAAUAUCUGCUUGUGGUGGACCAUUCAUUUGGCUUUGAGAACUGCAGCGGCAAGACUGGUAUCACACACAGCCCUCUUCCAGGGUUUUUUUUGGAUUCUGAACAAUGCAUUAUGUUUGGAGGUAGAAUAUACUACUGGCAUUUUAAAACAGACUUUGGUAAAAAGGAAUAUUUUUUUAGAAGAGUGCAUUUGAUAUCCCACCUUAUCACUAACACUGAAGGCAAAUAUUUUUUUAUCUCAUAUGUUCUCUUGCAGAUACAGUGAUGCAAGUCGUAGUUAAACCCACUAUAUAAAAAUGGAACUGAGAUAAAUACCCUGUGUUUACUCUCUCUGUGUCUCACUCACUCACUUAGUCAUCACAUGAUAGCUGCAACAAUCACAGUUGUAUGUGAAAGAGCAAUCAUGGAAUCAAAUGCCACAGUUUGAGGAUUUUCUAUCAUUUUAACUACAAUCUCCACUGAAAUGCACACACUACUGCUUGUCAGGUGAUACAUUUUCAAGUGGUGUAGGUGCAUAUGUGACCUGGCACCCAAUAAUUUUUUAGUAAGUGGAGUAUAUGAAUCCAUAUAUGGAGCCAGUGUGGUAUAGUGGUUAAGAGCGGUGGACUCGUAAUCUGGUGAACCUGGUUCGCAUCCCCGCUCCUCCACAUGCAGCUGCUGGGUGACCUUGGGCCAGUCACACUUCUUUGAAGUCUCUCAGCCUCACUCACCUCACAGAGUGUUUGUUGUGGGGGAAGAUGGGAAAGGAGCUUGUUAGCCUCUUUGAGACUCCUUAAGGGGAUAUCAAGUCCAAACUCCCUCUUCUUCUUCAAUGAUCCCUUCUCCAUGUACUGAACCAUGGUGGCUAUAAGGAAGAAGGUAAUUAAAUCAACCUGCUAGAAAAGAUAUUUAUUUAUCUGUUUGUUGCAAACAUUUAUAGUAUGCAGUAAGCAAAGCAAAGCCAAAACCAAGAGAUAAAUAUAAAUGUGAAGGAAUAUGUUAACUCUCUAUAAUAUGUGUUACUAGUAUUGUCAUCUAAGUCAACAAUAGCAUCUCUUGAAUACUGUACAGUGGUACCUCGGGCUACAGACGCUUCAGGUUACAGACUCCGCUAACCCAGAAAUAGUACCUCAGGUUAAGAACUUUGCUUCAGGAUAAGAACAGAAAUUGUGAGGCGGCGGCAGCAGGAGGCCCUUUUAGCUAAAGUGGUGCUUCAGGUUAAGAACAGUUUCAGGUUAAGAACGAACCUCCAGAACGAAUUAAGUUCUUAACCCAAGGUACCACUGUAUGUGUAUUGUGAAUGUUCAUAAUGACUGUCUUCAUGAUACAUGCAGCAUUUUGAUGUAGCAGUUCUGUGCUACCAAGGGGUUGUUUUGAGAAAAUAUUGAACAGAUAGAAAAGUUGUUUUCAGUUGUGUUAGCAGCAUGUCUGGAAGUAUUUAAGAAAUUAACUGCUUAUAAUUGUGUAGGUUUUAGUUGGCAUUUGGAGAUAUUUUUGCUUGUGGAAAAAUGUUCAGAAAUAAUGGCAAUAGUUGGAAAUAAUGUUCCUGCAUUGCCAUGGUUUAAUAGAAAGUAUGUUUUGCCAGCAUAACUGGGACAAAAACAGUACUGAGGUAUUGAAGUGAACAUGCUGAAUUGGUCAAAAGGAGGAUAAUUUUGGAGGAGGGAAUGAGACAAUUUGUACACAUAAACUCUAUUCAUAUGUUUUGGAGCAAACACAAGUGAGUUUAAAGUGGUGGGGGAGUGAGGCAUGUAUGCAGCCCAUACCCCCAUUUAUCCAUGCCUACAUCAUCUCCACUUCAGACCUUCCUACAUUCAAUGUCAUGGUCUGAAAGAGGAUUCUAAGUAUGUCUGGGUGAACAUGCUAAUUCAGAUAUUCAUGAUGAAUGCCUGCAACAUCGUUUGCAUGUGUGGACAUUGUGGAACCUCCACACCUUAAUCCCACAUUUCUUUGACCUGAAUUCAUAAAGAGGGCUAUAUUAUUUAAGAUAUAAUCUUAAUUUCAGCAAAAUUGGAACGAAUUAUAUGAUGUUUCUUUCUAAAUGGGAUGCUAGGAAUGAUAUAAUUUAUCCACUAUAGUUCCAAAUAACCCAUACUUGAACUAAACAUUGUGCAUGUGUUCAUUUAUUGUAGCACCAAGUGGUUAAUCUCGAAAGAUGGGAGCAAUGAGAUUGUUGGGGUUUUUUCCCUGCUUAUCCUACUUAUUCCAGAUUUAUUACUUGGUGGUAAAUCCUAUUGAUGCCAGCUGAAUUUAAUUCUGUGCAGUGGAUUAAAAAAAUUAAUGGAUAGACAUUGUGAUUUCUUUUUUAAAAAUUGAAAAGGCUUCUAUGCUUGCUUUUCACAUGCACCUGAAGUUAUUCUACAGAUUGACACAAUCAUAUUUCCUAUAUAUACUUGCACUAAUGUAGGUCCCAUUCAAUACAAUAUGAUUUGAGUUUUGAGUAGACCUGCAUAAGAUGAUACUGUUAAAACUGCACUUCCUUCUAGCAGUAUUUUUACUAUCUUCAGUAUUCCUAAAUUUUAGGAAUGUGGCAUGUUUCAUUUUUAAAAAAAUCAUUUGAGGCCCAAAAAUAUUAUGACCAAUCCAGAUUUUUUAAAGUAUUGAUUCUUGAGGAAGACAUCCAUCUUUAGAAUACAAUCCUAAGUGUGCUUAUUGAGAAUCAAGUUGGAUCCCAAGAGCCUGUGCCAUUGACGAAAUGAGUCCUUCUACUGGGCUUUUAAGGUUGGUAGAAGUUCCAAUCAAUGGAUGAGUGGAAGUGACCCUCUCAUUCCCUCUCCCCCUGCAAUCUUUUCCACCACCUUCCCACACUCUUCCCUCCAAUUAUUCAGAGCAAAUUGUUUAGGGCUGCUGUGGGGGUGGGAGGGUACAAAAUCUGUUAGCAGAAGCAGGAAUGGAAUUCUUUGAAUGCAAGCUUAGCUGCAUCAAGGUGUGUUGGUUACAUCUAGUAUGUAUACUUGUGACUGCAGAUUGCAGCUUAGCUUAUUUGUAGCUCCUAUUGUGAGAAGCACAAUAUGAGAACAAUAUGCUCUCUUUGAUAAAUGGAUGGAAGAGCAAUGUAUCUUUUGCCAUUGAUGAAUCCUGAGACAGAGAAGAGGAAGUCUUAAAUGUCCUAGAGCUGCUUCUUCUUUGCUUGUUAAUAGUUAUGUUGAAUUGGGCUUUAUCUGCAAUUAAAGAUUUAUGGUUGCAGCCUAUUGUGUCAUUCUGUUCACUGAAAGCUCUUUGAUCCAGCAGUGGCUUCCAUGAAUGGAAAGGAAAGGGAGAUGAUUUUAAUGUUUAAUGUUUAACAGACUAUUGUAUUUUAAUAUUUUGUUGGAAGCCGCCCAGAGUGGCUGAGGAAACCCAGCCAGAUGGGUGGGGUAUAAAUAAUAAAUUAUUAUUAUUAUUAUUAUUAUCAUCAUCAUCAUUAUCAUUAUCAUUAUCAUUUAUUCUUCCUUCACUUUGCACCUCUCCCAAUUUGCUCUAGAAGGUUGGGUGAUCCACUGGAACAGCAUGGAAGGUGCUUUAAGGAAGAGAGAGAGAGAGAGAGAGAGAGAGAGAGAGAGAGAGGUGAAUUUGUACAAAUCAUCUUUCUCCUAUCUCUGGAAGCCAUUCCUGCAUCAAACAGCUUUCCAUGUAAAAGUAAAACAGAUUUAAUUCUUGUAUGUGCACUGCAAUUAACAUUAACAUCUGAGCCAACUGACAAUGCAAAAUAAAACUAUUGAAACUAUUAAAAAUAAAAUAAAAACAAAAACAGACAGUGGAGCUCAAGGACAAACAACCUUACUCGUUGCCACCUUCAUCCAGAAGCUUUUGAUGAACAAAACAAUGCUACUGAACGCAACCCUUAAUAAUUGCACCAAUUUAGACUGCAGAUCUAAAUUCCAUUUACCUGGAAUUGCACCUCAUUGAACUCAAUUACACUGCGUCUUAAUGGACAUGUAUAGUUUUGCACAAUAGGUUGAUUAAACCUUGUAGGUUUGGCUUUUUUCAUAUUAUAAGCUGCACAAAUGUUGGUCUGAAGUAUUCUGAAAUAUUGGAAUAUUUGCUAACAUUGCAGUUGAGACAUGGCUGUAAAUUUUUUUUGCCUACAUAAUUUAUACCCAGAUUUGGAACAUGUUUUGUCUGUAAUUUAGAAUGACCAGAUAGUCUAAAGAGGUGACAAGAAACAUUAGACUAAUUUCUUAACAUAUUUUUUGAGGUAACUAUUGAAGAGAAGUUUUCACGGGGGGAAAUGUGCAAACCGUUUCAACACUCACAACUCGUGAGCUUUACCACAAAGUUCCUUUUUAAAUAUGCUAGAAGUGAGAGGCGUCAACUUCUUUUAUCUUUCUCUCUCCUUUAUAAUGGGACUAAAUCACACCCAUGGCCAGAUAAAUGUACUCAGAAGCACUUCACUUGGAAGAUACACAUUGGGAUAAGGGCUUUAAAAAAUAUAUAUCACUUAUUGCCCAUUAAAAGGAAAAGUUUCACUUAUUUCACAUUGAUUGGCCAGCUUCACUUUGCCAGUGUUGGUUUGCUCAAGUCAAGAGAAUAACUAUUCAAGUCUCCUACAUGUCAAGCAGAUAAUUCCAUGUACUAAAUUCAUUUCAUCCAAACAUAACCACAAAUUAUAAUUUGGGUUUAUUAUGUGCUGCCUUUCCCUCUCUCCCUCUUUUUGCAGAAGAGGAGACUCAGCCACAGUUUUCACUUCAUUUGAAAAUAUUUUAUAGUUCAGCCACAAUAUUGGAUCUGGUCCACUAGAACCCAGGCCCUCCUGCUCUACAGAUUAACAUCCUAAGCAGCCUUGGUAUUCUUCCAGGACCACCUUCAUACCUGAUAAUCUCACGCAGACCCCAAGCAUAUAGCUCUGUAUUGAAGAUUCCUUCUGAGGAGCUGUUGUAGUGCAUGACAGCUGGUUCCAGGAUUGACCUUGGUUUGGAUAACUGGGAGAAUAAGGGCUGAAAAGAGCCCCCACCCCUAAAUUAUUGACUAAAAUAGUCAAUAAUGAUAAAUUAGUGCAUGUAACAAUGGUGUUUCUCUGAUAAUUGUGCACUUUCUUCCCAUCCAGCUAUGCCGCCUCCAUUUUCAUGUUGGUAAAUUACAAGUAUCUGCUGGUUAUUUACUUAAGCAAAUACCAUAUUAUCUCUCCUCCUCCUCCUCCUCUGCCACCACCAUUAAACCAUGACUUCUCAAUACAUAUUAACCUGUGUUUACAUUCAGGAAUUGGGAAUCUGAGCUUGGUUUUCAAUAAGAAUCUUGGAAAAUGCCUAGGACAUCCAAAGAAGGAAGCACUUGUGCAUAUUGCCCAUUCUCACCCCUAUCUUCCUUCCCAAGGUGGAAAAUAAUACAGGAUUUUUUCAAGGCCCUAUUACUGGAAAGAGCAAACAUUACACUGUUUAGCAAGGAUUCAUUGGAGAUUUGCUAUCAACUCUGGUGCUAGUAGCCAUGGUGAUUCCAGCUUCAAUAGCAUAUUAUAACAGCUGAAGUUUGAAAACUCAUAGCCAGCUCUUUGAAUAGAGUUGUUGGUCCACCAUGAAUCCAGUUGGUAGUAAGUGAGCAUCCCUGGGACCUGAAAUAUUUAUUUGAAAAAAUAAAGCAAGCUUUGGGUGGAAUGCUCCUGACUAUUAAGGAUAAAUAGCUACUGCUGAUUUUGUUAGAAUUUUCUUAAUUAGCAUGUGUGACAUUAUGGGGCUCACCAUACCAUCAGAAUGUAUGGUUGAAGUCAGAGAAGAAUUAUGGUAGCUGUUGGGACCUCCUAUAUGCAAUCUUUUUGUCUGUCUCUUUCUUCCUGGAGGUGCAGAAGCAAUGCUGGGUGCAAAACUACUUUCUGAAAACCCUGCAUCUGAAAACAAGUGAUCUUAAAACAGAGGAUUAUUUGAACUAUGUAUUUUAAGAACUAUGCAAGUUGACAUAAUUGAAUAUGGAAAUUUAAGUAUGGAUAUCUUCCAUGUUGUGGGCCCUCUGUUGAGCUUCUGGUGACUUUUAUAUAUAUAUAGAAGUUUGGCAUCAUUGCUUCUGUACCACUAAGAGAUCCACUUUAUGUGCAUUGAUAUAUGAACAAGUAAUGGUCAGCGCCAUCGGUGAAUGGCGGAGUUCCUCCGUCCGGAGGAACGGGCUCCGUGGAAACUGGGUCUUCCCGCCGUGGCGAAGGUGGGGACCCGCUAGAAAUCCAAGGUGGAGGAAGCCUGGGAACGUGGGGUUCGGCAGGGCACCAGGAGCGCCCCCCUACUCGCAGGGAAUCCCAUUUAGGGGCUCCGGAGCGAAGUGGGGUGAGAAGCGCGGUGCUGCGAACUGACUGCUACUUUCACGGAGUGAAGCCGCACAGCCAUUGCCGGAGAGCGCUGACUUUUUCCUGUGGACAAUUGGAUUUAAAACAAGUACCCAUGAGUAGAAACGGAAAAUUGGAUCAAGAAAUUUCUUAAUUUGGUAACGAAGCGGGAAGGUUCAAAACAGGAAGUCUGCCUUCCGCUUUUUGUAUAUAGACUAAAGCAAAAACUUUGUAAGCUAAAGCCUGGAAAGCUGUCAAAAAAGUCUAAAUUUCCUUCAUUCAGAAUUACUGAAACCCCCUUGGAAGCAGGAGAAAAGGGGGGGAACUUUGUUCAACCCUAGCAGGAGAGGGAGUGAAGAAGGAUAAGUUUCCACCGUCUCUAACCUGGGAACGGGGUGUCAGAGACAGAAAUUGUUGGAGAGGUUCAUUGACUGUGAAUGGAAUAUUUUGACAGAUAGCUAAAGAAGAGAAUCAAGCUGAUUCCAAUGUUGCCUUUUGCAUUCUAAAGAAACAAAAUAUCUGAAAAAUAUCUGUAAAAUGAAAGUAAUUUUCCUUUGUUGGACUUGCCUAAAAAAAAUGGAUACAAAUAGAAAUUGCCUCCUCUAGAGGGAGCUUGUCAAAUUGUUGCUGCAGUACAUUUGAGGGCUCAACAGAUGUGAGAUUAAGACUGUGGGAACAGGCUUUUCUGACCUUGGCUAAAGAUGAGCUGGAAAGAAGACUGGGUGCUUGCCUUAUGCAAGACAAGUGCCUUGCUGGAACAGAUGCAUGAGAAGAUGGACUUGAUGAAUGAGAAAAUGGAUUUGACUGUUGCAGUUAAUAACUGUGGGCAAACAGGGAAUAUUGAUACAGAAAUUAUCCAGGGACCAACUCAUGAAUCUGUACUGACUAGGCAAGUGCAGAAGAUAAUGGAGGAGGAUGCGGUUGCACCCCAAAUAAUACAAAUGGAGAGUCCCGAGGCCCUACAGGAGUAUGAGCCACUGUUAUUGAAGAUUGAAGUUGGAGUGGGCCAGGGGGAGUCUGGAGUUGAGGAGGUUCCCAACGUUGGAGAGACCUUGGAAUAUGCUUUUAAAUACUUUUUGGACUAUAUUGAGGAUUGUGGGGAGUGGGGCUGUGGGGAAUGGGUGGGUUUGAUGAAGGGAGAUGGAGACAAUUUUGGCUUUGAAUCCCCCAGAGGCCUACCCCUCAAUGAGAAAGGAAAGAAACUAAGAAAGAGACCAACAAAAGACAAGGAAAAGGGCAAGUAUAAACAGCAAGAAGAAGAAUUGCAGAAGGGACAUGGAAGAGACUUAAGGGCCUCGGACAUAAGGCUUCCAGGUUGAUGGACUAGAUGGAAUGGACAGUAAGGACUGACACGAUCCGGGACCAGGAAGAAGGGACGUUGGAUGAAGAUUGGAAUAAAAUUUAUAAAGAAAAUUUUCUAUUUAGGGAAUUGGCUAAAAAUUAAUGAAUAUUAGGGGAAAUGUUGGAAUGAAACUAUAUGACUUUAGCAGAAAUGAUAUCAGGAGUAAUGUAUAUUUGAUAACUAAGAUUUAAGCUCUAAGGUAUUUUUUAUGUAUUAUAGUGUUGUUUUUUAAGGGUUUUUUUUUCCUUCUUAUAAUUCUGAAACUACUAAUAAAUAUUAUUUUUUUUAAAAAAAAGAUAUAUGAACAAGUAAUUUCCAAAUCAGGCGUGCAUGACCAUCUCUUUUUACUUAAUUUAGCACUGGUCUGUGUUCUUGAUCUGCUUAAAAGUUGCUAAACUGCAAAUAGAAAAUACAGUUUGCAAAUGUAUUUAAAUGAUUUGAACAUAAAAAGUAAAAAGAAAAUCUAUUGAAAAGGACAGCAAAGUGGAAAUGUACAUAUGUAAAUUGGUGGUCCAAAAGCAUGAAGCAAAGAUCAGUGAAACAAAACAAUUUUAUGUCUCAUCUACUUUUCAAAAAUUCUGGCACUGGAUGACCCAGUCCACAGCUCACUUAGGUGGAGAUCUCUGAUUUGAGCAAGAGAAGCUCAUUAACUCACAAUGCAGUAAAGGCUACUUGUACAUCUGAUUGUUAACUGUCUCCUUGACACAUGAGAGCAGAUUCCUCAACCAAAUUUGCUAGUGCCUUUAGACACACGGCUGCAUAAUAACAGCAGAUAUUUAGUAUCAUCUCUAUGUAACUUAAUAUCUCAAGUUAUAUAGUUAGAAACUUGCAGCUUGUUCUACUAAGUCACAAUAUAAAUUGAAAUUUAGCUUUUGAUACUGACUUUGUUUUUUCAUAUUUCAGUUUGCUGUUGGCUAUGCAUUAACCAUGCGUGCACUGCAGUAAUCUGCUCCGGGUUAUCAAAGCUUGGGUUGAAGCUGGUAAUAGACACUUAUUUCUAUGGAAGUUGUUUGGGAUUUUCGUAACAAAACUGAAUUCAGGAGUCCCCUCACACUAUAGACCUGUUCUUUCAAGAGCACUGCAUCAUCAUCCAGAACAGGCCAUCUGCCUGAUUCCCAGAUCUGAGAACUGUCAGCCCACACCAUCGCUUGUCCUGGGUUCAGUUUAAACAAUGAUCUCAAUGGCAUUCAGCCUGAUUAGAAGUAGUUGUCCCUGUGGCAACUUUUCUUUAUUAAGACAUUUGCGUUGUGAAAUUACGGUUUUCUAUCUUCCAUGUUGCUAGCUAGUAUGUGCUAGUAUCUUUUUAGGUACUUUAUACUAGUUGUUAGAUUAUGCUCAAUAGGGGUAAUAAAGCUUAGGCCAUGUCUGGCCCAAUCGCCUUCUAAAUCUGGCCUGCGGACGGUCCGGGUAUCAGAGUGUUUUUACAUGGGUAGAAUGUGUCCUUUUAUUUAAAAUGCAUCUCUGGGUUAUUUGUGGGGCCUGCCUGGUGUUUUUUACAUGAGUAGAAUGUGUGCUUUUAUUUUAAAUGCAUCUCUGGGUUAUUUGUGGGGCAUAGGAAUUUGUUCAUUAUUUUUUUUCAAAAUAUAGUACGCCCCCCCCACAAGGUCUGAGGGACAGUGGGCCGGCCCCAUGCUGAAAAAGUUUGCUGACCCCUGGCUUAGGCAAUCAAGAGAUGAAAUAGUGGGCUGAAAUUUUCUUUUGUAAGUGCCUUGCACUGAAAGUAGUAGGAUUGCCAAUGGAUUAAUCUGUUUCUGCAUUAUCAAUCCACCUGCAGAAAGAUAUUACACGUGGUGUUAUUUUUAUUUUGGGAAGUAGGGUUAUUUACAAGCUGUUGCGUAUGGUGGGGAGGACUGUAUCCUGUGCUAGGGCAAUGCAUCUGCAAUGCUUUAUUUUCUGCAGUAAAAGGUAAAGGGACCCCUGACCGUUGGGUCCAGUCGUGGACGACUCUGGGGUUGCAGCGCUCAUCUCACUUUACUGGCCGAGGGAGCCGGUGUACAGCUUCCGGGGUCAUGUGGCCAGCAUGACUAAGCUGCUUCUGGUGAACCAGAGCAGCGCAUGGAAACGCCAUUUACCUUCCCGCCAGAGUGGUACCUAUUUAUCUACUUGCACUUUGACGUGCUUUCGAACUGCUAGGUUGGCAGGAGCAGGGACCGAGCAACGGGAGCUCACCCCAUCGUGGGGAUUUGAACCACUGACCUUCUGAUUGGCAAGCCCUAGGCUCUGUGGUUUAGACCACAGCGCCAUCCGCGUCCCAUUGCAGUAGGUGUAGUCAUUAAAAUCUAUUUAAUCAUGCUUGCGGUGAAGCAAUAUGAUCAGAUAUUAGAGUUUUGAAAAUUUUAUCUUGGAUCCAUCCAUUGCUGUUUGCAACCAACUAUAUUUAGAUUUAUCCCAAAACUUCCUAUAUUUUAAUUCACGUAUCAUUUAAAAGAGAGGGAGCAGAAUCCAAUGGGCCAACUUUCAGUUAUGCACCUUCAUCUCUCUCCACCCCCACCCACCACUGCAGCCCUCCAUGUGUGCUCAAAAGCUGCUCUAGAAGGUUUCCCUCUGGAGUAUAUUUUGGGUAGACAUGUUGGAGUGCAAAAAUUGCCUUGCAUGUAUUGAAGUCUGUUCCACUUGCACACAGACAGCAUUGCACAGAACCCACGUUUUCUAUUUUACUAACAAUCAGGUGCAUUUUCCUUUUAAAAAUACAUUUGCUUAUUAAGUGGCUUUUUAAAAAAAAAUGUUUCUGUUUACCCUGCACUAUUUGUUUUAAUAGAGUUUCCUAAUUUUAAUGCAGUUUAAAAUUGUAUGCAUUGCCGUUUAUGCUGCCUGGAGUACAUUAGAUGCUUACACAUCAGUUGCUAUAAUGGUUGAUAGGUUGCUGAAGAUGCAGAGAAAAACGAGUUAACUAAGGAAUGAAACAGGAACCCUGUCAAUUUCCAGGAAUUUGUAAAGCUUUAAUUUGACAGCACUUGGUACUGCAGCAGGAAUGUUGCUGAUCAAUGUGUACUUUAUCAUUAAUGUUUCAGAUAGGAAGGGCAAAGGGUUUCUCUUAAAGCCUCUUAUUUCAUCCCAAUAAGAGAACUGUGGAUUUCUUAAUUAUUCCCAGAUAUCCAGCUAGACAGUUCUUUGGUGUUGUACUGUACUCUGAUUUUCUAUGAACUAAAAUAACUUGGUUGAGUAUAGUAGAGGAGUCCCUCUUGAAAACCAACAAAAUCAAACUACCCUGAAUUGCAUUGGCUUUGCACACCCAAGCAGCAACUGUUAUUUCAUUUUUACGACAUCAUUUGGCAAGUUCUUAACUCAAAGGUCUCUUGAGAUUUUAUUGGCUAAUUUCAUCAAUAUUAACCUAUUGGCUGAUAUGCUGCCCUUGUAAAGUAUUUACUGCACAGCAAUUUAUCAAGAAUGCUUACUUGUACACUUAAAAGUGUGACUACACAAAUGCUUAAAGAUUUACAGUGGAGGAGUCUGUUUAUUGAUUUUUAAUAGGCUACUUAUCAAGACCAUAAUGAAGUCCUAACAUUUUUCAUUCCUGUGCUGUCUGCUUUGCAAUGUAAUACUAUGUGUAUAAACUGGUACAAAAUUAUUUUUUUAGUUCCCCACUCCACCCCCGAAAUAGAUAGGGAGAAAGUUUACAUAGGCUUAAGAGUGAGUACUACUUUGGUGGCUUAGAGCAACCACUAAGCUUAGGACCAAGACGGGAGAGAGAUUCCAGAACUUGACCCUUGCUUUGCCCUUUCAUACCUGCAUUAACCACAAAGAUGGAUGGGAAAGAGAGCAUGCAGGACACACUCCCUCCUAUCAGUCAUUAGACCAUUGACCUCUAUGGCUCUUUUUGAGGGGCAGGCUCUAGAUCAGAGAUGGGAAAUCUUGGGUCAGCCCUCCAGUCUUCUCUGUCUGGUCCUCAGAAUUCUCCCCACAUCACAUCCCUUACUUGCACCCUCCUUGGAUGAAAUGUGUCCUUGCACUUUGAUAAUGUAGGAUAGAGAGGUGCAUUUGUUGCCUUGUGCGCUUUUGCCUCUGGCUCUGCUCACACAGUGCUCCUGGAAGGGAAGGUCUUUUGGCUGAAAAAGCCUCACUACCCCUGUCACACUUGUGACACACUUGUGGUUGGUUUGAGCAAAGCCUUCCAGGAACAAAAAUGAAGGUUAAGCAGAAUAGCUGGGGAGGUGGUGGUAGACAGGAAGAAGUCAGAGCUGAAAUUGAAGCUGGAGGUAGCUACAUCCUGUUUUGGUAACCAGAGGAAUACUACAUCUCUUAAUAUAAAUAAAUAUUCUGUUUUAAGCCAUCAUGACUAAUGAGCACCAUGUUCUGUACUGAGAAAAAAAUUUAAACCAAGAAAAAUAGGUUUUUGUAUCCUGCAUGAAUUCUGUACUCUAUUUGUAACUUUCCAUGGUUUAUUUUGGUUUUGACAAGCAUGAGGAGAGAGCAUUGUUAUGUUCAGUCACGUUUCCCUUCUUUGAUUUAAAAUGACAUUGGCUGCACUUUCAAGGUGCACCACUAUUUUCUCUAGAACUGUGUUUCUCAGAAAGCUAAAUUCUGCACUAAAUUCUGCACUCAAUAUCAGAUUCUGCACUCAGGGAUUUUGUAUUCUGUGAAAUUACUUUCAGUUACAAACCUUACAGCCAAUCAAUAUUGAUGACUUCUGGUGAAUAAAAUUACUUCCUGUGGAUCACAGUUCUUGCCUACCCCUUCCUAAUUGCCUAGCAACCUUCUAGCCUUUUUAAAGUUCAAAAAGUGGUGGGAAUCAGCCCUGGCAGCACAGAUCUGUACAAUAUGGAGGCUGCAUAGGCACAGGGUCCUUUUUCUGUAACCUGGGAUCAGAAAGGGGAAACCAGCCCUGUGCUCAGUUUUCACAUAGCACAGAAGGCCAAUCUAAGGGCUGGCUUUAUCUCUCCUGCAUAGGGUAAAUGGCAUGAGCCACAAAACAGAUAAGCACAAAGUGUGAGAUCUUUUCUCUUUGAAUAAUUAUUUGCAAUACAUACUGGCAGUUAAGUAGCUUCAUAGUUGGGUGAGGGAGAGGAACCAGUCAGCUGAAAUCCGCAAGAUGCAUUGAGUAAGAGUGGUUGCUAACUGGGCUCUUCCAGUACUGGUUAGUAUGCUUUUAGCACUUCCUUAGCACUACACAUGUGUGAACAGUUCAGAACUUGCUGCCCUUUCAACACUAAACACUGCAUCAGGCUAAAAGCUCAGUGCAAAACACAUCCUCAGUUUCCUCUCUCUCUCCCUCCCUCUCUCUCUCUCUCUAAUGCAACACAGAUUUCACAUUAGAGAGGCCUCUCCAAGAUGGUGUGGGGGGAAGGGAAUAUGGCUUUCUUUCAGAGCUGGAAAAAUACUCACAUUUUCGUAGUGUUUCUAUACAAAGUACCCGAUUAAAGUAUUUUUCAAAUAUUCAAAGCAUGAAAAGAGAAGGAUUGCAAAAACUACAAUAUUGGCAUAGCUCUUCAAUACAUUUCCAAAACAAAAUCCUAAAUAGAUUCAUUCACUAAUGAAUAUUUUACUUAGUUUUACAAGAGUAACAAAUAAGGUGGAUGUAUGUUUAAAUACUCCUGUUGAUGAGAAAAGUAGCUAUGCAGACAAAUUAAAGUGUGUGAGCUUGAAUUCAGUGUUGAGCUUGGAUUUGGUUUUCAGUGGGUGAGAUUCAGCUAAUGAGGUCCACUAAUGGAAACCUGUGCAAGAACUUCCACUAAUGCAAUGGGGCUUUCACCCCUUUCUUCAUUCACCAAAUUGGCUUGGGGGUGGGCAGAGAACUACUAGAGCAAGCAUGUGGGGUGAGAGCAAGGAAACCUUCCAGCUGGCGAGCUGAAAUGAUUCUGCUGAUGGAAUGAUUGCCCAAAUGUUUCCCCAAAUGACAGUCAAAUGGUUGUGGGCUGGAUCCACAGUAGCAUUCAGUGAAGUGUUCCACUCACAAUGGAGGCAGGAGGCAGGGGUGCAGUCUUUGCCAAUACCUCCUGCAGCUCCUUGCCCCUCCUAAAAUUUUGUUUCAAAACACUGCAGGGUCUUCCAGAGCAUCACGAGAGGAGGCACAGGGGAGGAAGGAUUGGCAAAUAUGACUUCUCGCCCUACUCAAGCAAAAAGCUUUUGCUGUAUCUUGUGCCUUGGUCACUGGAUGGCCAAUCUGGAUUUGGUCCGUUGCAUUUUUGGUUGACCAACAAGAGUGAUAUUUGAAAAUAGAUUUUUCACAGGUGCAAACAAGCAUAAGCCUACAUUAUACCGGUUGAAUAGCAUAGCAUUCCAAGGUUUUGCCAUUUGUAAUGUAAUAAGGUUGUAUAUGAUGACUAUUGUCUGAUUCAGAAUAUGUAUGUGCUAACAUUUGUAAAGGAGCCCAUUAAAUUUUUUUUUAAUUAAGAAAAAAUACCGGCUUGGGGGGGUGAGUAAGAAAAGUGAUGGUGUCGUUAAGCUAUUUUUGUUCAUUUUUCCAUGUUUAUAAGCUGUUUCCCCCCCCUUUUAAGUAUAGGGACAGCAUCACACAACUGUAUGCAUAAUAUCAUAAUAAGUGUGAUCAUUCUCAAGCAUUAUCAGAAAAUCAUAAGUAUUUUUUGCUUUUAGGGGUUAAAUAACAACUGCUUAAAAGAUGCAAUUUAAUUUUUAUUUGUUUUACAAAUGAGAAUUAACAAAACUCUUAAGGUGCUUUCUAUUGACUGGACCCUCUUGUAUGCUGGGCCCUCCAAACUCUGAUCUAUUCAUUGUUAAAAGAAAUAAAAAUUGUCCAGUAGCACCUUAGAGACCAACUAAGUUUAUUCUGGGUAUAAGCUUUCGUGUGCAUGCACACUUCUUCAGAUACGAAAAAAGAAGGUGCAUGCACGCAAAAGCUUAUACCCAGAACAAACUUAGUUGGUCUUUAAGGUGCUACUGGACAAUUUUUUAAAAUUUAUUUCGCCUGUGUCAAACCAACGCAGCUGCCUACCUGAAUCUUUAUUCAUUGUUAAUUUGUGUUGCACACAGCAAUGGGAACGCAGACAUUUUGAGACUAGGCAAUGGUCAAGGAUGAUGGUAGAUCAACAAUGUCUGGGGGGCACCAGAGCUUUGUGCACCAACAUGCAGCAUGCACACCUUAAGGGUGACUAAACUGUAUGACUUAGUGUUACAUGCAAGCACAGCCAUUCUGUAUGUAAAUUUUAAAUUAUUUGUGAAUGCUUAAUGAAAUCCGCAUUCAGCCUUUAUGCAAAGGUCUGUGGGGAUUUAAUCUUGUGAAGUAGGACUUUUAAUGUAAUUGCCCCAUUCUCUUUUUGAAUCUUGGUCUGCAUUCCUGUUGGAUGUAAAUGUACAUGCUGUUAAGUUUAAAAUUCAACAAUGCAAUGUGUAUAUUGUAUGUGAUUCUGAUUUAGAAGGUAGAAGUUCAGAAACGGAGACUGCUAUGACUUUUGAUCUAACAUGAUGUGCUUUAAUAUUCUGAUUGUUCUACAACGCAUGGUGAGUUUACUUGAUUUCAUUCAUUCAUAUUUCUAAAUUUCUAAAUUCAUUGGCUCAUAAUUUCUCAUUGGCGGAGCCCCAGUUACAUGAUGUAUUAUUCCAUUAAGUCAUUAUAUGUUGGGAUAAAAUAUGAUGCAGGUUGAGAAAAGAGGUAGAUAAGCCUUAAGAAAUGUAUCCUACUAAGUCAUGUCUAGAAAUGCGAACUUAUCUGUGUUGGGAGCUACUGAGUUACCUGCUCUAGAAAGGGAUGUGCACGCCUGUAAUAUGCAUCAAACUGGUUUUCCAUAUGUGUGGGUCUGAGCUGUGCAUAGGUUGCCUAUGCUGGGUCAAAUGAAAAGGUGCAAAAACAUGUUGGUAUAGGAAUUUCAUACAUAUCAACACUAAUAUGCUUCCCCGCCCACUGAAGGGACCAAUGGGAGGGGGUGGGGAAUGUGGAUGAAACAGAAGGGGCGGAGACAGAAAGAUGCAGCCACUCCCAGCUUAUACCUUCUUGGCAUGAUGUGGUAAGACUUUUUGGAUUUCUUGUUCCUUCACCUCAACUCCAUUUUAAAAAUAGCAUGAAUUAAAAAAUGCAUCCUUUUCUUGUUUUGUGGAUAUGAAACAAAAUAUUUGUAGCAUUUAAACUUAAGACUAAAAAGUAUAAAGUUGUCAUUUGUCUACUGUUCAGAAGCAUAGGAUAUAUUCCAGCCAACACUAAAGCUCUUCAUUUCAUCAAUUUCAGAGGGAGGGAUGAACAUUUGCUUAAAGCUAUCCCAUGAAGUCAACAUAGCACGCAUCAAGAUCAUGUGGGGGGCAGACAUGGGUAUAGAAAUAAGUAAUGGGAAAAGGGAAGGAAAAUGGAGAAAGCAACCCAUUUAAAUCAAUUUCACCUUCUAUCAAGGAGUCUCUGAACACCUGUGAAACUGCAGUUCAUACAUAGGAAUUUAUUGUCCAAUUGUUGCAGGGGAAUGUUGCCAGGACAGCAUUGAUGCACCUCUUUGGGUAAUGCCUUUGUGUUGUCAUUUGCUUCCAAAAUGCACAUUUUCAGUUUUGUUGUCAAUAUUGGGUAACCACUUUCACAUAGAAAGUUGGUGGCACUCUUCUUACCUGCAAUGAAGAUGCAGAUCUCUUGAGGGUUGGAAGACUUCUGAUGGGUAUUCACCAUGGGGGGCUCAUUCCGGUUGCCAUUUUGUUUCAGCAUCUACAUGCAACCACCCAGUGGGGUUGUGUGGAAUUUUGGACUGCUUUGUCAUCAGUAUGCUGAUGAUACACCACUCUGUUUCUCUUUUACAUCUUCUGCAGGUGAGGCAGUGGAUGAGCUGAAUUGAUGCUUGAUGGCAAUAAUAGACAUCAUGAGGGCAACUAAUCUGACUCUCAAUCCAAACAAGACUGAGAUGCUGUUAGUGAGUGGUUCUUCUGUCUGACUUGAGUGGUGUGAAGCUCUAGAUGGGAUCACGUUGCUUCUAAACAGGUUCAUAAUUUGGGAAUUUUCCUGGAUUCCUUGCUUUCAUUUGAGGCACAGGUGACUGAUGGUGGUGCAGAGUGCCUUCCACAAGUUUAGGCUGAUGGCUGUGUUACAAUCCUAUCAGGACAGAUAAUAUAAUACAAACUCUGUCACAUCUGCACUGGUUGCUUGUAUACUUCUGAACCCAAUUCAGAGAGCUGGUUUUGACCUAUAAAGCUAUUUAUGGCUCAGGACCAAAAUAUCCUUCAAUCUAAGGGUCUGUCCUCUGAGAGAGGUUUGUUGGAUUAUAAGGGAGAGGCUAUUCUCAGUUUUUGGAACGUUCUCCCCAGUGAGAUUUGCCUGGUGCCUUCACUGAGAUGUUUUUGGGCUGCAGGUAAAAUUUUACAUCCUUUCCCAGGCUUUUGGUGGAAAACAAUGAUAUUGUUUGCUAUUAGCUGUGCUGCUAAAGCAUUCUGUUGCUGUUCCUGGGCAUUGCUUGGGGAUUUCUAUGAAUUGUGUGUGUUUAUAUUUGUGUGUGCUCUUUAAAAUGUUGUAUGUCAAUUGGAUGGAUAUCUUUUGUUCGUCGGGAGGGGGGAAGUGUAACAAGCGACUAUCAAGUUCCAGUAAUAAUUAUCACAGAUUUCAUUUUAAACCAGGUUGAUUUUAGAGACAUUUAAUAAGAUCAACAAUUCUCAACAAUGAAAAACAAUUAUUAAACAAUUGUCUAUUCUUACCUACCUGACUGUAACAGAAGCCUGAAAAAAACCCAUUACUGCUUUUUCUCUGUUUGCUUCCAUCUUGGAUUAUAGAUCGAUAAAACUUUAGUUGAGAUCAUCUUUAUUCAUAUUGGCAUCAAGUAGAGGCAUCAUUACUUUAAUACUGCAGCCCUCAAAGCAUUCAGGGAGGAAUCCUCAAACUUUUCACUGCAAAUAUAGGCCUGCCUCAAAAGUAAGUUGUUAGAGGUUGAUAUAGUCGCCUUUUAGGAGUAUAGCAUAUAUCUCUGUACGCCUUGCUAUUGUCUAGAUUCCUGUCCUUAAUCCCCCCCACAUUCUUCCCGAAGUAGGACUUAGAUUCUAAGUAGUAUGUGCCUACAGCUUUAGGUGAUAGGUACUUUAUCUUCCUUAAAAGCAAAUAUGCUUAGGGUUGCAACCUUACUAGGCAGUUAGUUACAUUAAAGUUGGUCAACUUUGUCUGGAAGCAAAUUGUGUGCUGCAUCAGGGGUGUGCUGUGCAUUAAAGACUCUUCCAUGUAUGCUCAAUCUUUUAUUUCUUCAGGCUCCCUGGACUUCUCUAAUAGAAAUUAUCUGACCUAUAUAAAGAACUGAAUACUCUCAAACAGCACGAACAGCUAGGAUAUUAUUUUCAGCCCUGCAGUAUUUCUGAUUACCAGAACAAAUAGCUGGUGGUUCUGUAAUCCUAAUAUUUUACUUGAGAGUUGGGCCCAAUAAUUUUAGUAGAGUUUUUUGCGCUCCCAUAUUGCUUGGACAAUCCUUGUAGAGCAUUACAAUUGCUGGGAUCUACUUCCAGGUGAAAGCAUUUAGGAUCAAAAUGCUGAGUUGCUCUCUUAUCCACAGUGAAUUCCAGCAUUCUUUUUGAGUUGUACUCACAAUACAAGCCACAUUGGUGAUACUUGAACUUGCUUGUAGAUGGUGCCUAGAAUUGUGCUCUAAUCAAAUUCACUUGGAGGCAUGUUUAAAUGAAACUCUAUUCCAUGUAUGCAUGCUUAGGGUGACAGUCUCCGACAACUUCUUAAAAAACCCUCUGAAACAUCAGCACACAAGCAGCUCUGUCUGAUAUAGCUUCAUUGAAUCACUAACUAAAUUGUUGAAAAUAAAUCUGUAUUGACUGUUUUAUAGCAAUUGUACCUACAUAUACCUAUACCAGACAACAUGCUAAACCACACCACUGUGAGUGAGCUUUUUAUUCCUGAUGGUCUCUACCCUGCUCAAAUUGUGCUGGGAUUCCGUCUCUACUAUCCUCUUUGGGUUUUGUGCACCAUAGUUUGCUGUUGAAUGUGAUUUCUGCUUAUCAUGCAAAACAGGGUUAGAAAUUGGGAGCGCACUGUGGUGUCUACUCCUGAUUUUCAGGGCAAGUAGAAACAGUUUCCCCGAUCAGACAAAAGGACAAACCAUUGUUUUUCCUGGAAAAAUGAGGGAGGGCAUAAGAGGCCUCUGAAGUUCAUUUAUAAAAUGCCAACCCCUAUAAUUGCAAACCAGCCCUCACUGUUCCGUAAUGCAGUACUAAAGCCUAAUGAUCCACAGAUGUUCUAAGAGGAAUGAUUUUAUUCAGAAAAAUAAUUGACUUCAUAUUCAUAUAAUGAUGAUAUUGUUGCUGUUUACUGUUUUGGGUACCCCUCCCCUUUUGUUGUAUACAGCUUUCUUAACACAUGCUAGCAAGGUAAGCAAGUCUACCCAACUCUCCUUGCUAUCCUGCUUUAAUUUAAAAGUUUCUUUGCUGACCAAGUGCUUCACCAUUUGUGCAAAGUCAGCACUGGUCUUUCUCAUCCAGUCAGGCUUUUCUUUCUUUCUUUCUCUCUCUCUCUCCCCUCUCCCACCCCCUCCCCUCCUUGUUGCAAUGAGUGGCAUGGCCAUCCCCUAUUCAGCAAGGCUUUCCCCUCCUCCAUUUUGUGGAGAUAGGAUAUCUCUGUUUAGGGACUAUUGUAGUACUAAGCAUAAUGUCAGGGUUUGGUGUGGUUUUUUAAAAAGUUAUAAAAAAAAUCUGGAAAGGCCAUAUAAAACCAUUUCCUAUUUAACAACUUGAAAUACUUGCAUUUGAAAACAAAACAAACAACCUUGUGGCUAAAUUGCGGUGGAUGUAAAUUUGUAAGUGCUGAGUUGAAAGCUGCAGUCUGCCUUACGGGUUCCCUCCCCCACUCUACUCAAGAUUUAGAAAUGGUGAGGAAUUUGCACCCUCUUGACUCAGGUUGCAGAUCAUCUUGGUAAAACCAGGGAAGCCAAGAGGUCACAGCUAUUCAUUGCCUAUUAUUUCCACAGGCAUUCCAUUGCUCUGCGAGUUGUCAGAACUUUUCUUUGCUAUUGGUCUACAACAGAUUUUAGAAUUCCAUUUUUGUUAGCCAAUUGUGAUGUGCAUUGUGUGUGUUAAAAAAAAAAAAGUGCAGCAAUUCUUAAAAGCAAUCCUGCUUUUCAUGUCACUGCAAAUGCAUCUAAAAUACAUGACUUUUUAAAAAAAUAAAAAAGUCAGUUGCAUUAAAGCUGUGUACAUAAAUAUAAGCAUGGUGUAUCUUUUGGAUCAAAGUAAAUUAUUAUUGCACACUAUUUCCAAUAGGAUAUAAUAGACAGGAAGUUGGAACAGGAACUGGGACAGAGAUGGCUAAUCCAUGUGUUGUUGGAUUCUCAGCUCCCACCAACCCCCACCAGCACAGCCAGUGGUCAGAGGUGACAGGGACUGUAGUCCAGUAAUAUAUGGAGGGCUACUGAGUAGCCACCCUGAUCUAGGAAAUCUGGGUUCAAAACCUGUCUUUCCUGUGGCUAUAUGGCAUUUUGCCUUGCAUAUGACUCAGUAGUGUAUGGAUGAACAUGAUCUUUGAUGUUUCAUUUUGGCUGAGCCAUUUUGAGCACAGCUUUGGAAAAGAGGUGCGUCUAUAUUAAAUCAAAUCAAACUUUGACCGCAAUCCUGUACACACUUACCUAUACCUCAUAGCAAUCAGUGAGACUUCUGAGUACGAAUGUAGAUAAGAUUGUGCCGUACGUUCCCUAUGUUUAAGAUGGGAGCAUUGACCCACCAAGAAACUGAAUUUUAUAGAGUUGUUAGAAGCCUAUCACAACGAUAGUAAAGCUCAAUGCGUAUCAAUAUUCUUCUUCACAGGGCUAUUGUGAGGAAAAUUAAAAUUUCUCUGUAGUGUAAAUAAUAGCAUAAGACAACCAUAGGCUUUUAAAAGUUGGUAAUAUUACUAGGUUGAUAACACUAGACACAAUGUUGCAAAAGUUAAAAAUGUGAAAAUUUAUUUGGUUUCAAUUUAAUGAAUAAAUAAAAUUAUUAGGAGGCAUUUUAAGCAUGUGCCAUUGAAAUCAGUGCUGCUCAGCAUGCUUAACACUUGCUAAAUUGUGCCCUCUGCUUUAAGAAAAUUGCCAUCUUAAGGAAAAGGCUGUUCAGCUGAUUAAUAUACCUGCCCCAUCUCUACUUAAUAUUUGUCCUGGCACUUCCCAAUAAAGGGUUGUUUACAUGAUUUAGUAUUAAAGUCGCAGAUACUGUAAACCGAAUCCAGAUUGAAACAAAUGUCCAAUGUUUUGUUCUUAUCUCUGCUUCCCAAACACAGCUUUGGUGCAAAACAUUUUGGACCACAGGUCUGCCUAGUUAUCGGAUACUCUUAUUUAUUCAAGAAGCCUUUGAAGCACACACAUGGGGUUGGAACGGGGAAAAGCUUUUUUUUUUUAAAAAAAAAGCAUUUUUUUUUUAAAUGGCAGAACAAGUUGAGGUGACUCUCAAGAAGUAAAGAGGUUGUUUUGUUUGGAAAUGAUGAAUUGAUGUCCCAACCAAAGUCUUUUGAUUGUAGCUCUGGCUUUAGAUAAAAUGCCUGAAUAAUUGCUCUUGCAGUGGGCCUGGGGAAGAUGCCGUUUCACUUUUUUGUUUUGUUUUUUUAAAAAAUUGGGUGCAUUCAAAAGGUUAAAGUGGGGCCUCCCGAUAAGAUUAACUCUGCUCCAUUAUAGCUCCUUGGCAUGCAGGCCCCACCCCUGAAUAGCCCUGUGCUGCUAAUACCAUGCCUUUGUUUCUUUUGCUGGAAGGGUGUUUUAUAAAUAUCCCCUCCCCCAGAAAGGAAAGAAAACAGCUCUUUCCCUUUCAGUGCCUUUGGUCAUGUGACUUCCCUUCUCUCCCCCCCCCACCACCCUGUGAGUCAUGGCUAGGGGUUGAAGGUGAAUCAGAGAAUGAUUCAGAGAUCAGAAAUCCUAUUUUGACAUUUAUAACAAAUUUGCGCCGAAAAGGCUUGUAAUUGAAUUCAUAACAACAGACUAAUAGACACACACACACACACACACACACUUACCUUAAUUGAUGCCUGUCCUGAAAUGCCAACAUAUUAUUUUUAAGGGAGAGAGAAAUAUAAAUCUACUACUUUUUUAUUUUAAUAAGGCUUAAGCUGUAGAACUCAAUAAGAGUUCAAAGGGAGGUGGGGAGGGAGAAACUGAAUUCUUUCAAGUAUACACAUGUAUGUGGGGGUGGCGCAUUGGAGGGAGAAGAAAUGUUUCCUGUUUCUGGAUAACUUGAGGUUACUGAAUGAUACCAUAUUUUCUUUCAAUGUGCAUGGAUGCUGAGGUGGGGGAGGGGCACCAACCCACCCACCCACCUAGCUGGUGGUGGAUUUUAUGUCAGACUGAAAUCUGAAGACAAAAAUGUUUGACCGACAGCAUUGCAGCCUCUAGAUCUUGUUGUUUUGCUCAUUAUUGAUAAUUUGGUUUGGUUAGCUGUUUUUUUUUCCUUUUAAAGGAAAUGUUAUUUCCUAGUCUAAUUAAGUACUUAUGUCAUCUAAAAUCAUGGCGCUGUUGUAGGUUAGAAUCCUAGUUAAAGGCUCAUUUGGAGGGUGGCUAGUUUGUGAUUGGGUGUUUUAUGUCUUGCUUUUUUUAAAAAAAGAGCAGUUGGUCAUAUUUCAACAUCAAAACAUUGAAAGAUCUCUGCCGGAACCCUCCAUUCAUUUUUUUCUUGGUUUGUGUGUUUAGUUUUGUUUGUCUUGGUUUUGAACCUCUUAUCUUGUAUGAUAAAGCUAAUCGGAUUGAUUGAUGAUGAGACAGGCUGAUUGUUUAAAUGUUUGUGCCUAGCUAAGUUUAAGUCAAGUCAAUAAGCGACUGUGUUAUGGUACAGAAUUAUUUUAGAUCUAAAUCACCUUUGAACAUUUCCCCAUAAAUUUUUUUGCUGAAGUUCAGCAAAGAUUUAAUUAUGUACCUGAUUGGGGGGGGGUCAUGUAUUUCUAUGCUCAAAUUACCCUUCUAGACUUCUGUAUAUACUCCAAAGCAGUUGGUAGGCACUGUCAACUCUGAUAAUCUUGGAGCAGGGUGGAAGUGAAUAUAGUUUUGCAGCAUCCCAUUUUGCAGCAGGUGAUUAAGCCCUGUCAUAACUGUCAACACCAAUGACGUGGUGGAGGGGGAGGGGAGUAGACGAUAAAUAUUUGCUAACUUGUUUUCAGAUUGGAGGCAUGCAUUUGUGGAAACUGGCAGUUGAAACAAACUGAGUCUGUGGGGUGUGCCUGUGUUUAAGGAAAGCUCUUUUUAGAAAAGAGUUCAAAUAAUUUGUUCCUCGUUAAGAGUUCAUGAAUGAAUUAGAAAACAAAGGAAAAACUGUGCCAUGAAGAUCAUUUUGGUUUUAAAAAUGUGAUAUUUUUACCCAUAUUUUCUUUCCUGGGAUGUUUUUAAGUGGAACAACGCUACUGGUAUGGUUUUUGUUCUUUCUCUGUUUUAUAUUGAUUGUUUAAUGCAGCUUCUUAGGAUUUUAAUUCUGUGUUUUGUUGUUCUUUAUAAAGAUAUCUUUCACCCAGAAAGCAUUAGUUAUUAGGCAGCUAAGAAAUAUAAAAAGUAAAUAAGACUUGUACCAGUUUUAAUGACAGUAAUGUUUGUGACUAAGUUAAAAAUAACUGUAUAUUUUAGUAUGGUGGGGAGUGGUAAUUACUUCUUUUGGAUGUAGGUCUCCAAAAAUUCUUCAUGUGGUAAUGCAUAAUGUUUAUACUAAAUUUACUGUGUGAGUCAGUCUAAUCACGCAAACAUGUCUUGAAUGGAGGGUGCAUUCCGGAAUUAAUGGUUAUACUUUGCUAAACUGGGGCAGCCAGAAUGCUUAAUUCAAGUGCAACAUUGUAAGCAGAUCUUAACAAGUAAACAAGCUGUAUAGCUUGCAGAAAAGUUCAGCUGUGUGUGUUUUAACUUUGGCCUCCUUCAUUUUAGCACUAUCUGAUUAGCCCUCAGAACACUUUACUUUUAUAUUGCUUAGCAACCCAGAAUGAGGGGGAAGCUGAUUAGAACAAAGGCAAAGUCAGGAAAUUUUCAGAGUAGUAGAGAGGGGAGAGAGAGAGAGAUAAAGAGAGAGAAAGAGUUUGCUGUCUAUCUCUCCAUUUCAGUGUAUUUCAUUCUCCCUCUUGCAUUCUAAGAGCAGCAUGUUCAUCCUUGCAACAACUUUGAAUGUCAGGCAAGACCCUGACUUGCCAAAGUCUCAAAGGGAACUUUACUGAGUAAGGAUUUUCAACCUAGGCCUCCAUGGUCUAAGUCUUCAGUGCCCAGUUCCACAGCAUCUGAUUGAUGCCUGUUUUAAAAUUGAGUGUUAGAUAGGGAAACUUAUCAAGCCUGCAUUUGGGAUGUAGUUUACGUCUUGUAAUACUACUUUGAACCACAUUAUAGUUUGUGGUGGUCCCCCCCCCCCCAAACUGGCAAAACUAUCCCAUUUCUCUUUUGAUCUUAGAAGUUAGCCCUGCUGAGAUAGUGGUGUUGUCAGAUCUAAAGCUUUGCAGGCAUUAUAGCCAAAUCCAUAAUGGAUACACAUCAGCACCACCAUUAUACCGCACUAGGCAACAUUUACCCUAUAUUGAAGUCAAAGGUGAAAUCAUGGCGUCUCCUGACUAAUCUUUUCUCACAUAAAUCCAGGGAAGUCAAUAUGACAACUCCUUUAAUUAAGGCUUCAUGAGAUCGACAGAGUUAGGAACAUCAAGCUUUUGUUUAUUAGAGAAACAACAGAGGUAUAUUUAAUAAGAUCCUGAAAACUCAUCCUUAAUUUUGUGUUUUUGACCACAGGAUGAUAUUGACUCUUUUGUUGAUUGUUAGGAGUAAACAUUUCUAUGGUAACUUUGAAACUGUGAUGCUACCGGUGUCCAUCUUUAGUAAGAAGAUGAAUAGUGAAGUUCAUGUUUUGCUAUAUAGUGUGUUGGUAGAUCUGGUCUGUGAAUUUUCCCAUGUCUUCUCCAAUAUCCUGCUUCACUGAGAAUGAAAUUGCCAAUUAAUUUCAUGGCAUGUAUAACCCUGUCUUUUCUCUCAAAAUGAAUCCCGAGAUGGCAAACACCAAAGGUGAAAGGAAGUGGAAUAGUCUAAUGUCAUCAAAUAAUGCUGUGUUAGGGACAUAACUGGUAUCUGGUGUCCAUAUUGCAAAGACAGAGAACGGAAGCAAUAGAUUUGAGCUGUGAGAAGGUAGUUUUAGGUUAAACACUCAGAGCAGGUGCACAAUGGAAAAUCUUUUCCUCAUUUGCUAGAGGCUUUUAAGGAGAAGCUGGAUAAAGCUUUUAGUGACAAUAGUUUUAGCAAAUCAUUCCUAAUUUAAAGUACAAUGUAUAGUAUAUAAAAAUUCUAAAAUGUAUGAUGAAGAUGGGCAUGAUCUUAUGUAUGUAUUUAUUCUAAAGUGUGAAUUAAGUCUUAAAGUAUUUUUCUCUAUUCAUCUGUGGCAACACUGAACUUUCUAACUUAUUUAGGAAUAAUAACAUUUGAAAUGUAUUUUAUAAUCACGGUUCUGUGAGGAUUCUUUUUCACUCAUAUUUUUCAAACACAGUUGGAUGGUUCAAGUGUAACACUAAAGUUUAGCGUCAUAGCAAAGCCUAGGCUCAUUUUUGUAUUUUCAGUUAACUACAGCUUGCUGUGUCAUCUAAACCCAGACAAAGCAGAUAAUUUUAACAAGAGUUGAUGGAGACAAGCCAACUUCAGGCCAGUAUUUGUGAAGCUCACCUGUUUUUACUAACCAUAGUUAAGGUUAACCAUGGUUUAGAGUUCAGAAACAAGGCUAAACUGUCAUUGCUUAUAGCAGUUCUGAAGGAGGAAUGUAUGUACCUGAGGCUCAUUCUCCUAAUGCUUAACAAUGACUUAUAAUUACAGUGGUACCUCACAAGACGAAUGCCUCGCAAGACGGAAAACUCGCAAAACGAAAGGGUUUUUGGUUUUUUGAGUUGCUUUGCAAGACGAUUUUCCCUAUGGGCUUGCUUCGCAAGACGGAAACGUCUUGCAAGUUUGUUUCCUUUUUCUUAAAACCGUUAAUACAGUUGCGACUUGGCUUCGAGGAGCAACUCAUAGCAUGCGGCGUGGUAGCCUUUUUAGAGUUUUUUGAAGACUUUGGUGAUUUUUGAAGCUUUUCCAAAACUUUUCCGACACCGUGCUUCGCAAGACGAAAAAAACCGCAAGACGAAAAAACUCGCGGAAUGAAUUAAUUUCGUCUUGCGAGGCACCACUGUAUAUAUGAACAGGGUCACAAGUUCCAGUGUCAGUUUGGGAAUUUUUGCAUGUUGAACUGGAACCAGUGUAGCUUUGAGGAAUAAUAGUGUUGCAAACAUGACAAGGCUAACUGUGGUAAAGAGAGCCAUUUUGAUAAUGUAUCAGUGGGAAGACUGAAGGAGAUGGCAGCAAAGAUAAAACUGCAGAAAUCUGAAGCAGUGUGUGGGGGGGGUGUUUUGAAAAGCAGGAUGAAGUUUAAGGGCUUGACUACACCUGUGUAUUACUCUGUUCAGUUUUUCUGAAAACUGUAGAGAUUCAAGUGAGCCCUGGAGUUACAUGAUGAUCAGUAUUCUGUUUAACUCUUUAUCUUCCCAUAUGUACUUUAUUUUAAAACAUAGAAUAAUAAACAUAAGACAUUGUACUUUUUUUUUUUUUACUUGCUAACCUGAUGUCUUUGGGAACUCCAAGGACAGGCUAUGAAGGCAACAGCACUUCCCCAGCAAAUGGUAUUCAGGGACAUGCUUCCUCUAAAUCUGAAGGUUCUGUGUAUCUAUAAUGACUGAUAGCCAUUGAUAAGAAUAUUCUCCAUGUAUUUGUCUAUAUAGCCUUUAAACAAAUCCAUCUAAGUCACAUGGUUCAAUCACGUUUAAAAUGAGGCAGAAAAAAAUGAACAUGCUGUCCAGUUUGCUUGUUUUAAAUAGCAAUAACAGCAAAUUAAUAAUAAAAGGCAGGAUUUUAUGUUUCAGCAAUCAAAGCUGAUUGUUUAUUAUUUAUUCAAUAAUCUGUUCCAGUAUUUUAACAUUUGUAUUUUUUUAAGUAUGGUUGUAAAUUUUUAUCUAUUUUGUUGUUUAUCUUUUUUUGUAAACCACUUUGAGGGUAUUUUGUCACUCAUGUAUAAUUCCUACUAUAUAAGUAAGUAAAGUUAGGUGUGUGCAUGGGCCUCAAGAUUCACCUUGCAUCUGUUUAUUUUUAAAAUGCUGAUUUAUUUCUAAGAUGCUCUGUACAUUCUCCAUUUCCAUGUCAAUUUUGGAUUUCAAUACAUUUUGUAUUCUCCCAAUCAUUGUAAUGGGGAAUCAAAAGAACAGCUCCAACAUUUUCCCCUUUUGGCAGAAAUGGAUGACAUUUACAACCACAGGAAGCCCUUCCAAAGUGUCAGGGAUUUGGGGAAAGUGUUCUUUCCAUAAUUCAUAUUAGGGCAAUAUCUUUAUUAGACUGACAAAAAUUCCUAAAUUUAUAUUAGUUUCAUAUUUUCAGUGGAGUUGCAACAGUUUGCUUUUCUCUUUCUUAAGAUAAGAUGUGGUUGAGUGGUAUAUAUUCUUGCUUGUAUAUUUUUUUAAAACUUUCUGAUGCUUCUUGGUUCCUUCAAGAUAGCCUCAUGUUGUAAGCCUGGAGUUCUAUCUGGAAUGCUCCCUUUGAAAUUCUGAAGAGCUCUGGGACAGGGGCAGCAGCAGCAGCAGCUGAGGGAUUAUUUAUUAAAGCAGAGCAAUGUAGGGUUUUGGUUUUUGUUUUUAAAUGAAGCUUUUACCUUUCAAAAAAUCCUUAGUGGCUGUUCAGUAAUAAAAAUAAAUACAGAACUCUUCAGUAUUUGCAGGCCACAUUCAAGACAGCCUUGAAAAAGCCCAUGGACCUAGAGAAACAGAGAUAUAAGGAAACAUAGAACGAAACAACAAAAAAGCAACAUGAGACAUUCUGCAGGCCCUGACUUGGGGAGGUAUUGACACCAUGAUUUAACCUUGGGGAGAGACCCCCAAAUCAUCCCAAUUCAUCUUGUUAUUCUGUCCCCAUUCAAAACGAAUACACACCCCAGUUGACAGAGGUAUUCAGUGGAUACCAGCACUGAACAUCACUGAGUUUUAUUUUAGUUUUUAAAGUUUACUCUUUUUCUUUUUGAAAAGGAAACUGGGGGCGAGCGAACUCUGUGACUCAGAGUACACCUGAAGAAAUGUUCCACAGGAUUUCAACAUAUUAAGAUUUCCUCCCCCACCCCAAGGUUACAGUUGUGUUGUUUUUUAAAAAAAAAGCAAUGAAAUUUACUGUUGGGGUGUGAGGCAAUAUAAAUCGGUUCUCAAAUGAGCUUCAUAAAGACAAGAAUAUCUGUAUUAGCACAUACAUCCUUUUGCCAAGGGUGAAAGAAACUGCUUGGCUUUGAGCACCAAAAUAUAGAUCUAGGAGGUUUUUUGAUUUGACUCUUAAAGGUUUUUCUGUGUGGUUCAGAUUUUCUUUAUGAAAUAGGAAUCUUAAAAAAAAACACCCAACUAAUCAGUGAGAGACAUUUUGUACCAACUAAGUAUUUAGAUUUUAGAAAAUAAUAUAUUUCCCUCGUUAUUUACACAGUCUGGCAAUGGCAACAUCUGAGUUACACCUAAGUCAAAGUAAGAGAUUGUUGUUAGCUUUGAGAAAUAAUACAAGGAGCGAAAUUUGAAUCUUUAAAUCUCCCUCUCGCCCCCGCCCCCGUCUGUCAUUCACACAUGAUAACCUUGUAAAUAUAAGUAGAUCUGAAUAGUUUCCUGUUUCCAGAAUUGUUACACUAUUACAACGAAAAGACAAGAUCAUAAUAAAACAGAAUGCAGAGUUUUAAAAUGGCAGCCCCAGAUCCUAGUUGUUGCCAAGUUGUUCCCUCUGGUGCAGCAAACUAACAAAUAGCUGCUUAAUUGACUCUGCAAUCUGUGAAGUCCUUUGCCAGUGACUUGCUUAGAAUUCAACCAACUGUUGCUCCUGUUAGGCCUUUGCAAAGGAGAUUUGAAGGUCAAUGGUUCAAAUCUGGUUUAUGUCAGGAGAUGUUAAGUGUACAUGUGUUUUUCAUUCUUUCAACUUUUCCUGUGGAAUAAAACCCUGGAUUUUAAAAAUUUCAGCGGCAACCAUUUAAAAAAAAAGGGCAUAGAUUGUGUAUUUAUAUGUGCAACUUCAGAUUUGAAAUCCUUGGUUUUUGUUACAUCUGAAAAUUCUACAACUUUGUCAAACUGAUGGAAUACUGGGUACAUUAAAUGUUAACUGUGCAUCUUCACUUUUCUGAAUCUUACAGAAAAUCAGAUUCAGCUCCUGUAGCCCUCAGUCCCCCACCCCUCUCUAACACACAUACCUCACAUGGGAAUAGCAUUUUUAUAAACUGAGUUGCGUAGAAAGCUCUGUUUUUAUUGAAUAUGCACCAACUGAUUAUUAUUUUUUUAGGUUAAUUUAUUUAACCAUCUCAAUGGUUGUUAGUGUGGCUGACUAUUUUGUUCCAUAUGGUUAAAUUAGUGUACAUCCAUACGGAAUGCUGCACAUAACAUUUGUUUACAGUAAGGCAAAGCUGGAAUUGUUUGCACAUGAAGGCAUGGGUGUGUCCCCCGCCCAGUAGCUUAGAAAAGAACAUAAAAUGAACCUGCUGGAUCAGGCCAAUGGCCCAUCUAGUCCAGCAUCCUGUUCUCACAGUGACCACACAGAUGCCUGUGAGAAACCUCGCAAGCUGGAUUCUAUUACAAGAGCACUCCCCACCCUGUUGUGGUUUCCAGCAACUGGCAUUCAGAAGCAAUUCUGUCUCUAGCUGUAGAGGCAGAGCAUUGUCAUCAUGGCCAAUAGCCAUUGAUAGUCUUCUCCAGGAACAUGUCCAGUGUUUUAAAGCCAUCUAUGUUGGGGGCCAUCACUGCCUCCUAUGGAAGUGAGUGCCAUAGUUUUAACUUUGCACUGCAUGAGGAAGUACCAUAUUUUUCGCUCCAUAAGACGCACUUUUUCCCUCCUAAAAAGCAAGGGAAAAUGUGUGUGUGUCUUAGGGAGUGAAUGCAGGGGGGAGGCAGGCGGGAAAAGCCCCCAAGAGCUGCACACACACUCCACGCGGCUUGUAAAAGGGAGUGUUGAGCAGAGCCUGCGAUGCAUACAGGCUCUGCUCAGCGCUCCCUUUAAAUAAUAUUUUUUUCUUGAAUUCCCCCUCUAGAAAUUAGGUGUGCCUUAUGAUCAGUUGCGCCUUAUGGAGCGAAAAAUACGGUACUUUCUUCUCUCUCUUUUGAACCUUACAGCAUUCAGCUUCAUUGGAUGUCCCUGAGUUUAGUGUCAUGAGAGAGGCAGAAAAGCUUUUCUCUAUCCACUUUCUCCAUACCUUUUCCUGCUUUCCUGCACAUGGUACCUGUGGCCCUCCAGAUGUAGCUGGACUCCAGACAACUUCCACCAGCCCUGACCCUGGGCAUGCACUCUGGGGCUGAUGGAGCAUGGAGCCCCAGCAUCUAGAGGGUGAAAGGUUCUCCACCCCAGCAUAUAGUUUUACCUGGCUAAUGUUUCAUCAGGGAAUUUGGAUUGUUGAGCUAUAAAUAUUUCUCUUUUACUGGAGACAGUGUAUAGCAAUGUCCCCUCAUUAGAUGAAUAAUAAUGUGUAUUAUUUUUGUAGCACUUAGCAUCCCGGUGUUGUGCAAAAAUAAAGCAGAUAUGAAAAGAGACAUUUCAGGGGUUGAUGAUAAAAAGGUGGGAAAGGGAGAUGCAUGAGUGGGAGUUUCAGAAAGGAAGAUUGAGAUAAAAGUUGUAGGCAGGUGAAAAAGAAAGAGAUCUUUGGCUGAGAAAAUAGAAACUUGGCACUAAAAGGAAAGAACUGAGGAGAGUCACAGAGAAUCAAGGAAAGAAUGGUAAGUGUAAAAGGAAUGUGAACACUUUUAAAUAAAAAGAAGUUUAAAUUGAAGGCACCAGGUCAGUCAACAUAUAAUUCUAAGCCAAGCCAUAGCUUUUCCUUUGUUUACAGCUCAUUGCCUGUCUGGAAGGGACAACGCAUUAAGCCUAAGCAUGGCUUAGUGGGUAGCAGGAGGAGCAAAACAGCCACAGUCUGAUCUCUAGGAAGCUGCACAUUCAUGCUAAGCCAUAGUGUGGCUUAGCAUGACAUGCAAACUGGGAAAAGGGAAGACAAAAGGUUAUACAAUAAAGGAAAUGCAUGGUCAGUGUAAAAAAUACAAGAGUAGCAGGAUGGAGAUAUAACUGGAUGGAAGUGAGAAAACUGAAAGAUGAAAAAAGCGAAUUGCAGUAGUCAAGUUGAGAGAGUAUCAUACGGUAAUGUCUUGGCAAAGGAUGAAGUCUAGAAAUGUUUUAGAGUGCAAUAAUACUGUAUUGCAGUAGGCUAAAGGUUUCAGGGGUGAGGAUCAAGACUGUGCACCUGAGUAAAAGGAUAGAUGAUAGCAGAACCAAUAAAUCAAAUAAGAGAAGGAACUGCUGCCAGAAAAUCAGGAAGACAGUUGAGAAGUUCAUUUUUAGAUGUGCUUAAUCUAAGAAAAAUGUGAGGAAGACAAGAUUAAACAGCAACAAGACAUAACACAAGAUUAAACAACAAAGCAGAAGGAUAUGGGCCAAAAAACGACUUGCAAUUCAUCUGUGGAAAAAUUAAUAAUCCCACAUGAAUGUAUAGUAGUAGCCAAAAGGAUAAAAAAAAACAACACAAAUAAGCAAAAGUCCUAGGACUGACCCUUGGAAGGACAGCAGCAGAAGGGAGGAAAUAAAGAAUAUGAGCCAGAAAUAAAAGGGGGAGAAAUGAGUAAAGAGCAACCAGAUUGCAUACAAAAGCAACCCAUAUAAAUGUUACUUGAAAAACUAAUGGAAGAUAAAAUAGACAAUAAAAUGGUAAGAUCAUUUGUGUAAAAAUCAGAUAAUUCUAAAAGACUCUGAAAUUAUCACCGGUAAUAUAUUACUAGUGAUAAGAGUCAAAGCAGAUUUAGUGGAGUGGCAGGCAUAGAAAACUGACUGGAACAGGCCAGCUAGUAACUAAUCAUCAAGAAAAGACAGACAAGAUGUUGUAGAAUUUCAGAAAUACAAGGAAUAGUACAGAGAGUGAAAAGUCCAGCAAAGAACAGAGAACUGUUCUUGAUCUAAAAUAUACAGAAGAUUGAGACUUGAAAUAUGCAGAACAAUGACUAAAGUCAAAGAAUUAGGAGAAGAAAAAAGAAUAGCUGGUCAGCAACUUGUCUUGCUAGAGUUCCACUUGAGAGAAUCUUGGGGAUGGCUGGUGAUUGUGAAUGGGUUUCUGGGCAAUCUCCAUAUUGAAUAGGUGUGCCACAAUAGUUGCCCUGUUGUUGUUUAGACAACUCAAACUCCUCUAAUGUUUUAAAAUAUUAGAUCUUGCUUACUGUUAUAAUGUGCCAAAUCAGAUUUGGCAAAGACUGGGAUGAGGUGUGUGGUUUAAUUGGUUGUUUAAUUUGUGGCAGGGGCACAUAAAUAGUGAAAGUGGAGGAACAGAGAAUUGGACAAGGAAUGAUUCAGGAUUUCAGGGCUACCAUAUGACUAUCAUUCACUGGGCUGAUCCAUCAUCUCAAAGCAAUUUACAGCAUUUGAAUCCUACCUUUCUAACAAACUGCUCAAUAAUUAAAGCAAUAAAUAUUGAUAAAAAUCAGGAUCGCAGUGCCUCAAUGACCACCUAUCCCUAUAUAAACUGACACAGACUCUGUGAUUAUCAUAUGAGGCCCUUCAUAUGCCUCCUCCAUGAGAGGAGGUGGAAACACAAAAGUGGGCCUUUUCUGUGGUGGCUCCCUGUUUCUGGAAUGCUUUUGCUAGAAAGGCUUGUCUGGUGCCUUAGUUACAUAUCUUUAGGUGCCAGGCAAACAUGUUCCUCUUUGGCAAUCUCUCUCUCUGUGUGUGUGUUUUUUGUUUAUUUGUUUCUGUAGUAUGUAUUUUUUAUAUUUUUAUAUUGUAAACCACCCUGUGAUCAUUGGGUGAAGGGCAGUAUAGAAAUUUAAUAAAAAUUAAAAAUUAACAUUGACUUACUAUACAUAGCAAGACAUACGCUGGACUAAAUGCUCUUCACAAGGCAGUUUGGUGAUCUAUACUUGGAAGGAUUUUCAGUAAUCGAGUUGCCAUAAAUAGAUCACUUCCUGGUGAUUUUUAGACUCGGUGGCCUUGACAUUUUGCAAAGAGCAAAUGGGGCAAGUUGGGUUGGUCUGUCUUGGCGAUCCAUGGAUUCAGGCAGAGGGAGUUUGCAGUUGGUAUGGCUGAUGUUCCUGUUAGCUGUGGAAUGCAGAGAUGACACUGGUGGUAUAUAUCAGGGAUGUCCAACCAGUAGAUCGCAAUCCACUGGUAGAUCCCUGGCUGAUCCUGGUAGAUCAUGGGAUCCUUAUCGUGUACAAAUGUUACAGGAAAAAAGAUUUAAAACUUUGUGCAAUCCUCCCCAAAAAAGCUCAACAACUCUGAGCAAUCCACCCACACUCCUCCUCCCUCCAAUGACAAUGGGUAGAUCGCUGCCAGGUUUUUUUUAUACUGGGAGUAGAUCACAGUCUCUUGGGAGUUGGACAUGCCGGGUAUGUAUUAUUGCUCCUAAGUGCCCUCUCCUGGGGAAUUGAAGCCAGUCAGCUCCUUGGUUAUAUGAGGGAGCUUGGAGCACAGAAGUAGCUGGGAAGAUGGCUAGAAGAGAAGCAGAUGAACGACCAAGUCAAACCCAAGUACAGUCUUCACAGUCUGUUGUGGCAUUGAUGGCAGCAAGAAGGGAAUGCUUUUUCAGUCAUCAUUGCCUUGACACAGCAUCUUUAACUGUUUUAAGUGGAAACAGUUUCACAAGUGGUAUGCCUGUAUUCAGUUGACAAAAGCCAUUCAGUUAAGCAUAUGCCAAUGGCUCUCCCAUGUAUGCCCAAGCUCCAAAAUGCUGGUAAAGUGCAGCUGGUUACGCUUGUAGUGGAUGUGUUAUUUAUGCAAUGUGCAUAUGGUAUCCUAUGUUGUGGUCAAGUCAAGCCUUGCCUUGGAGCUGUAUGGUUGUCAGUGGCAGAAAGGAGAGAGCUUUGCUUUUAAAUACUUUUCGAGUUUAUGGAACCCUUGAAGCUUUAGGUUACUGAACUGAAUUGUAACUAUAUGCAAACAUAGUAAAAUGUAAGCCAGACUUGCAACUGAAAAUGAGAAACUCAAUGGAAAAAGAAUAGAAGCAUCAGGAUUAAUAAGAAAUCAUUUAAACCACGUGGCUACUCAAAUACUGUAGAGUCAUUCUCGAUAAGAAGAAAUUAGCAUAUUUAUAACACUUUUUGCACACAUGCAUAAUUUGGAGACUAUGCUGCUAAACUAGUAUGAAGGGCCUAGAAUUCAUGGGGAAAUUAGGUUUGUUGAUGCCUCAAUUAUAUUUAUGGUUUUAUCUAAUUUUUUAAAAAAUGGUAAUCCUAUAUGAUAACAGAAUUUAAAUCCACAACCCACACACCACAGUAAAGUUACCAGUGUCCCAUAUAAUUUUAAAUCAUAGCUACUCAAAAUAAUGUGCUUUCCUUUUACCCGGUUACUUCCUUCGGAGCUUCAUGGAGGAAACAAAGCAGAGACGUGACUUCAGGUUCUAUGGGAACCAGAAAUCUUGGUUUCUUUUCCCCAACCAAACCACAAGAAGUAUAAGCCAAGUUUGCUUCUUCACUGCAGCUAGCUCAUGGUUUGUUUGGUGGUGGUGGGGAGAACCGUGAGUGCAGAUUAGCAUGCUCCAUGAAGCCAGUCUCUGGUUUGUUUACCCCUGGUUGAGAACACAUAGGAGUGGUGGAUGAGCUUAAAUGCUCAUUUUUUUAAACAACAUGUCAUAGCUUAUUUUAAACUAUAGUUUAAGCGAUGUGUGAACUGGUUUGUGUGAAGAGAAUGUAUUGGGGCUUCUUGGUAGGGGUGUACGCUGACAGCAAGUCUUGGUUUGGAUCCUGAUUUGUUGCUUUGGAAAGCAGCCUGCCUCAGUCUGAGGCACUUUGCAGUUCACAUACAGUGGUACCUUGGUUUAUGCACUUAAUCCAUUCUGGAAGUCCGUUCUUAAACCAAAGCCAUUCUUAAACCAAGGCUCACUUUCCCUAAUGAGGCCUCCCGCCACCAGUGCACUUCCACCAUCGUAGACCAAGGUAAAGUUCGCUAACUGGAACACUACUUCCGGUUUUGUGGAGUUCUUAUACCGAAUAGUUCGUAAACUGGACUGUUCUUAAACUGAGGUACCACUGUAUUUGGGUUGGGACCCAUUCAGAUCUGCUUAGUUGUUUCCCCCCACUGUUCAGAAAUUUUAUAUAAAACCAUUUUUCCCGUUUGACAGAAAUGAAUGAAAUUUGCAAGCAUCCUAACCUCUCCAAAAUGGAUAAAGCCUGUGACAUAGGUCCAGGAACUUUUAUUCUAGACAGCAUUUAACAUCUUAUUUUAGAAAGAAAUAAAAAAGAAAUGUUACUCCUUCUGAGAGCACAAUUCUUCCCUAAUUCUAGGAUAGGUACAAUGAUUUUCCUGCAAUGGCAGCUGUUAGCUUUCGGUUGGUUAAAAAAAAUCACUUAAUCUCCCUUAGUUUUAUGUGGAUGGUUGGCCUGAAAAUUACAGAUGUGAGAUAAAUGCUCCUGCAGAAGAAAAAUGGCAGAUUGCAGACAUAUUGAUCCAGGUGCUUUUUUGCUAGGCAUAUUUAAUUUUGAGAUGGAAAGAACUGCAAGGGAUUUGCUUCCCAGAUAAAAGUAAGCGCACUGAUUACAAGUGUGCCCUGUUGGGCUCAAUGGAGUUCUUCCUCUGCUCUGUCCCCACUUUGGUGUUGCUCCCCGUCUGUUAUGAUACAUACCUUGGUGUUAUGACAAGCUUAGAGAGAUUACUUUCUCUUUCAGCGGUUGCUUGCCUGCAGCAUCUUUUAUUAGCGUCUGGGUUACCAAGGCGCCACAAAGUGCUUCAGGGGACCUGGCUUCACCUUAGGCCACAUUGUCCACAUCCCCACAUUGCCUUUUGCAAACCAAAAAUCCCUCUGUGGCAUCUUGGCUUACCUUCAGGAUUGGUCCAAAUCUGAUGCAUCAUUGCAUAUGUGAUCAUUAGGUGGGAAGUCUGUAUCUUUGCUGUUGGAAUAACCUCAGGGUCUUUCUUUGUAUCCAUCUGUUGGAUACAUUUAUUAUUAUUAUUAUUAUUAUUAUCAUCAUCUAUAGCAACUGUCAUUUUUUAAGCCUUGUAGUAAAUGACAACACCGGCAAACUCUGCUCUAAAGGUCCCUUAUGACCAUUUUCAUUCACAGACUGAGCUGCAAGCAAUUAUCUUCUAUUCAUGCAAUGUAUUUAUUUCAUUCCAGGCAAUACAAUAUUCUCAGUUAGGAUGGAAGAAUAGUGCAGGCAACUUCCUCAGAAUUGGCUUUAUAAAAAACACUCUGGUUGCAAACUAUUAUCAUAAAUGAAAAUAUUAUGCAAAUUAUCAGUUUGGCUUGGCAUUAACCAGCAAGCCUAAUACACUAUGUUCUUAUCGGCAACAGCUUCAAAUGAGGAAAAAGUUAAUCAUUACUUAUAUACAUGGGCAUAGGCAGAAAUGCCAUGCCCAGUGAUGGAGUGAAAGUUGUACAACUGUGCAGAACAUUACAGCCUUAGUAAUAGGUAGGUAGAUAGGAUUUCUUUUUACUUGUCUACAGUUCUUAUGCAAAAUUUGGCAUUACAUCUUAGACUUCUGUUUAUGAGUUUGAAUUACUUGUAAAUUAAUUCCUGUACUGCAACACAUUUCCAGAGAUGGUUAGUCACUAUUAUAAGCUCCCUGUGUUCAGAUACCUGUUAAAUAUUUUAAGUGAUAUGCCAUUUCUAUCAGACAGUUGGCUCAGGCUAAAGUAUAUAUUACAUUGUUUCUAAAAAUGUAAUAUAUUUCUACUAGUAGUUUAGUUAAACUUCUGAAAGAACUAAUUAUUUGCAGUUUCUGUAAAACCAUUAUCUCUGAACUAAAUACAUAAUUAGUAAAAAAUUGCUUUGGCCAGAAACAUCACUAUUAAUACUAUAGAAAGCAGGGGAUCUACCUACCUACCUACCUACCUACCUAUUUAUCUAUCUCCUGUGCUUCAUAUGCACUUUCAGUCACAAAUGUUUCUACAUUUGAUAAUGUUGAUAAACUGUAAGCUGGGAUAUAAAAUUAAUGGGUAUUCGGCUUGUGUUUUUUUAAAAACAAUUAUUACUGUAACAUAAACAACAUGCAUCUGUUUCAUGUUUAGAAUUUUACUGCCGUAUUCAGUAUUUCAGGAAAAUAAAUUUGGUCUCAAAAUAUUGCUAGCUGCAGUACACAAAAUUCUCAGUUAGAGACUAUUUAUCCAAGAUGUUUUUAAAAAAAUUCUUCCAUGAUAAUUGAGAAUUAUUUCCACUGAGAAUAUACUAUUUUAAAACAUGGAAUUUCUUUCUUUUAAAAAUAAUAAAUAUACUAACCUAAUAUAAUUUGCUAACUCUUUCAUUUCUCACGUAAUUUAUUGGUUUUAUGCAGACCUGGGCUUUAAUAGACUAGAAUCUCUAUCAAGUGGGCUUUAAAGAGGAGCAGAAUCCCAGCUGUUUCAUGUGCACUGACAGAUGUGGCCAUAAUGUACAAGUAAUUUCUCUCGUGAAGCCUCUGAAAAGGCUUGUGCUGUAGAAGAAGCAAAAGCCCAGUUCACGGCACAAGGAGCGUUUGGCUUCUUCUUUGUUGCAUAAUAUUUGCAAGUUCGUUCUUUUUCCACAAGCACAAUUUAGGUCUGAUGUCUGGGUAGACUAGUUUGGAAACUGAAUCAUUACCAUCAUCAUUAGCAGUAGUAAAACCCAAAACAACAGCAGAAUGUGUCUUUGUAUGUGUGCUGUAAAUAAAGAUGUUUUUCCAGGAGCCUGAGCCAUAAAUGUACUUCUUUUGAUGCAAAUGGUUUGCUGAUUCAUUACCUUUGCAUUCAGAAGAUCCUUCAGUAUUGGCCAGAAAAAAAACAUGUUAAUAGUUAAGCUAUGUCGAUUCAUAAGUCUUAGUAUGCUGCCAGCUGUAGUUUGCUUGUUUGUUUGGGAAUGCUACUGUCUUUUUCACAAGGUGUGUAUAGUAAGCAGGGAGGCAGGCAGGCAUUGCGAUCCACUUCCACACAAAAGCAGCGUAGCAUGUGAUUAGGAAACUCAGAUAUCUUGGCAGUAACAAGCUCUGUAGCCUCCCAGUGCCAAUCAAAUAUGUUUUUGAGAUCUGCAGAAAAAUGCCACGCCAUGAAUCCCUCCUCCGCAUAUGUGAUAUCGCCUGUGUGGAUGUAGACAUAUAGGGAGAGAAAUCUCCCAUGCACAGAAAAAAUGGCCAGUAUAAACUAUGAAGAAAUAUUUAGGCACUAUUGGCUUAUUUUUAAUAAUUAAAAUUUAUGUUUAAGGCUGGCUGUGAUGCUAAUUUAAUGGUAUAAAGUUGUGCUUCUCAAACCAAUGAAAUAAAAUGCAAGCAAAAUAUUAAGUGCAAGGUGAAUUUCUCUAAGCGAAAUGUGUGUGUGUGUUUUCUCCAGAGCUGUGCAUGGUGCAUCAGCAGGUGUUCGGACCCUGACUGGAAGCCCACAAAAGAGAGGAAAUUCUGAAUUAAGGCUCAUUAUGGGAGCCCUUUCUCCCUCCCAUGCUUGUAUGCUAAUAGGAGUAACACAGGCAUAUAAAGAGGAGAAUAGAUAGUCAUAAAGAGCCCCAACUUGGAGUUUCCUUCCUUUUGUGAAUUUAAGUCAGAUUCUGAAGCACCCACUGACACUGGGCACAAUGCAUCAGAAACGUCUUCUGUACAAGACCACUGAAAUUAAUGGGACUCUCAGAAGGAUGGAAUUUGUGCAGAGGAUGCUCCUGGUAGAAUAUGUAAGGCAACACUUUUUAAAAACAAAACACUAAGGGAUAAUUUUAUCAGGCAUUGUUUCUUGCUCAGUUAGCAAUUAUUGCUACAGUAGCUAACUGGUGAGUUAAGCUUAAGCAGCCAAUCGACCAGAGGGUAAGUAACACUCAUUUAUCUAAUUAUUUAGUUAAUUAAAGCAUCAGCUUAAACUAAUAAGGGCACAGGAGCUAAAUCCUGUAAUAACUUAUAGCUCUGAAGCUAAAUCUGUUGAACGGCAGAUCUGUAGAAACCUAGUUUUCAGUUCUACCCUAGCAAGCAAGUUUUGGGAGGUCACAGAUACCCUUUAUUAUUGUCCUUUUGUUGUUUUCCAUUGGCUUAAAUGUAAUGUAAGUUGUUUUAGUUGCUGUGGUGUAUGGCUGGGGGGCUUCAGCUCUUGUAUUUGCUAGUUGUUUUUAGCCUAUGUGAUUUUUAUUGUUUAUUUUAUUGUGCCUUUUGUUUUGAGGUUCUGUGCUGGGUUGUGUAUUUAUUUAUUGUGAAAUUUUACUGGGCAGUUAUGUUUUUGAUUGAUUUUAUAUGAGCUCCGUCUCCCAUUUGCCCCUGGCAGCAUGGUCAAUUGCCAAGAAUAACGGGGGGUUGUAGUUCAUCAGAAUCUGGAGAGCCAUAGCUCCCACACCCCUCCUAGAUGGUAUGCAGUAGCAGACAGUAUUGUAUGAUAUUGACAUGUGAAUGUGGCCCAGGUGAAUGACUAAUAAUAAUAAUAAUAAUAAUUUUAUUAUUUAUACUCAGCACAUCUGGCUGGGUUGCCCCAGUAGUCACUCUGGGCAGCUUCAGUUUUCCUGCCAUUUUCCUAGCUGUAAAAUUUUUAGUUUCAUUUCCAUGUUAUAUGAUUAUAGAUCAGUAAAACUAAUCAGUUAAACUAAUGCAAUAAACUCAUAUUUGAUUGCGGUCCUGAUGUCUACUGAUCUUACUGCUGCUUACAAGGAGGUAGAGGAGGAGGAGGUGCCAGUGCACUGGUUGGAUUUCCUCUACCAGCAUGUUUGCGCUGCGCUGACCUUACUGCCACCUGGCCUCUCUUCCCUCUCCAUCCCAGGAAGCAGCAACAGUGCAACUGACCAGAGUGGCUGCACUAUAUCAUCCACUACCAAUGCUAUCUCAGUUCAGACAUUGCAUUGAGCUACAGCACACAAAGCAUGGCUUAGAGAUCCUCUGCAAACCAUGGUUUGUCAGUUGGGAUAUUAGAGCUAACAAUGGCUCAGUGUAAUGUCCUGAGUCAGAGCUUGGGUAAAACUUAAGCAAAAAUAGUCACAGCAGCCAAAAAUCCCUCAGGCCACUGUAAAUCAGUCCAAAUUCAUACCUGAAAAGCCAGGCUUGGGGUGCAUUGCUAAAAGGCCAGCAAUGAAGUUGUGACAAAACUGUAUUUUUAUGAGGUAAAUUCAAAUGCAAGAAUGUUGUUAGGAUAUGAAAGCUUUUUGACAUUUAAAAAAUGGCUGACUGUGUGGUUGUUUACCCCGACUAUAUAGCCAGAACAGAUGCAAUAUAUGUGGUUCAGCUGGCAGUCUGCCAAGAAACAGAUAGGUUGUUGCAAUUUCAAAAGAUGUGUUUUGCUCACAUAUUUGUAUUUCAGUUACGGCAGUUAAUCUAAUAUACUAGCUUUUAUAUGAGUAUUAUAGUGGUACAUCUAGUUAUGAACUUAAUUCGUUCUGUUUUAACCUGAAACUGUUCUUAACCUGAGGCGUGCUUUCGCUAAUGGGGCCUCUUGCUGCCGCUGUGCUGCUGGCACACAAUUUCCAUUCUCAUCCUGGGGCAAAGUUCUCAACUUGAGGUAGCUCUUCCAGGUUAGCGGAGUUUGUAACCUGAAGCAUUUGUAACCUGAGGCAUUUGUAACUCGAGGUACCACUGUAUAUGGCAAUUGAAAAGGAGUUGAAUUCUGCUAGGUCCUUUAGCAGAUGUUCCAUUUGAAAUCAUUGGUUUGGUUAUAGGCCAAAAAGGAUUUGGAAUUCCAGAGCCAGAUGAUUGGCUAGACGGUUCUGAGUAGAAUGGAUAUAAAGGAAGGCACAGGGUGAGUAGUGGGGAGUUGGUAGUCAGUCAUUUGUUCAGAGGCUGAAGAGAAUGAAGAGUAUAGGAAGAGGCAGAUGGGACCAGAGAAUCGCUGAGGGAAGCCAGGCAGGAGAUUCCAAAGCAGUUGCCCAGGAGAGCUCCUGGCCAGAAUGACAGCAGCUGUCAGUUGAUCACAGGAAGCAGGAAAGACUUCAGAGACACAACUGUGACAUCUGUGUGGCUGAUUUCCCAGCAUCUGACCUGAAGAGGGACUUCAGAGGAAAGCAGAAGCAAGCCUGUCAGGGAGAAAGCAGCAGCCUCAAGUGGCAGAGUCCAGUGAGUGACAGCUAAGGGACUCUCCUACCUUGUAAUCUUUCAGUGAGACCUGAUCAGAGAGAGGCCUUCACUCACCUAGGUAUCUGUGAGUUAACUGAGGGAAGAGAAACUGAGAAUUGGGUUCCUAGUUUUGCAUAAGGCGUGAGAACUAGGGCAAGUAUGUAGCCACCUCUCUGGAAGCAAGAAUUAUUAGUUUUAAGGCAACGGUAACAUCUUUUAAAGUGAAUGCAACAGAUUAAAAGUAACUGUUACCUAUUGAAGCAGUUCUCAAAGUGCUGUUAAAUAAGGUAACUGCAAAUAAAUAUUGUAAAUAUUUUUUAAAAAUACUACGUUAUAUUUAUCCCCAUGUAAACUGUGCUCCUCAGUCACCAAACACCUCUCUUUUUUUGUGGUGCAUGGAGAGACAGUACCCUGGCAGGAAAAGACUUUGAAAGCAAAGAUUGUGCGAUCGCGAGCAUUAUUCCUGCUUGCAAAGGGUACACAUGUGUCAAGGCCACAGCACUGGCAGACAUCCCCCCCAAGUGCCCACCCACCACUUCAUAUGGCCAUUAAACCCUGGUUUAUAGCGCUACUUGCACAAACAGGAAAGAGCUGCCUUGAAGCCUUGUGCUCAUAUGCUGCCCACUUCCCUCUGCUUCUCUCACAUAUACAGGAGAAACACUUUCCUUGAAUUAUCCAGGAAUUAUGGGUUAAAAACAAAACUCUGAUCAGAACAAAAAAACAAAAACAAACAUGAACUUCAAACACUGGUUUCUGAUGCUGUCUUGUUAAACUUAACCAGUUUGUUUUUAAGCCAUGAUCCCCUGCCUAGGUGAGGGGAGAAGUUGACUAACAUCCAGGGAAAGUGAAACUAAAUUCUGGCAAAGUCCCUUUCCUGGCCAUGCAGGAGGGAGGAGAAGGGGAUGUAUUUGAGUCUUCCUGCAAUGCUAAGGUAUGGCUUAGUGUUGUGUGAGAACUGGGGCACAGUGCUUAAAGGUUUCAUUCUUUUUAGUUUGUAAAUGGCAUUCCAGCUAUUUAUCCUCUUCAUUUAGAAGUUGCCGUAAGUUUUGUAUUCUCAGGAAACUGACAGGGUUCCUAAUAAAAGUAAAUCCUAGAAAGUCAUUGGAAUGGCUGUUCCGCUUCAUAACCUUAACAGUAAUAAGUUUAAAAUGUAUGCUUUUAUGGAUCAAGCAAAAAGAAAAAAAUCUAUACUGAACUCAUGGUAGCAUAAUAGAUUUACUGGUGAUUAAUUGUAAUGUCAUUUUAUUUGCCAUUUUCAUGAGAGGUUUUCCCACUUCUGUUAUGGAUGUGUAUGGAAGUUGUGUUGGUUUGAAAAAUUGAUAUUUCCACCCCUUUGCCUUUGUUCUGAAAGUGCUGUUCAAUGACUAGAUAAGAAAGAUUCAAAAGUGAACCUUUUCCACUGUUCACAUUCCAUUUUAGGAAGUCUUUUCACUUCUGUUUGUUUAUCAAAAUAAAUAAUAUGAGAAUAUGAAACAGGGACGCGGGUGGUGCUGUGGGUAAAACCUCAGCGCCUAGGACUUGCCGAUCGUAUGGUCGGCGGUUCGAAUCCCCGCGGCGGAGUGAGCUCCCGUCGUUCGGUCCCAGCUCCUGCCCACCUAGCAGUUCGAAAGCACUCUUAAGUGCAAGUAGAUAAAUAGGUACCGCUUUAUAGCCGGAAGGUAAACGGCGUUUCUGUGUGCUGCGCUGGUGCAGGCUCGCCAGAGCAGCUUCGUCACGCUGGCCACGUGACCCAGAAGUGUCUCCGGACAGCGCUGGCCCCCGGCCUCUUAAGUGAGAUGGGCGCACAACCCUAGAGUCGGACACGACUGGCCCGUACAGGCAGGGGUACCUUUACCUUUAUAAAACAGAACUUUUUUUGGCAACACUUUAAAAUACACUUUAGCUAGCCAGUGUUUUCCAAGAGUUUCUCUGUGUAUAUAUUUAGAGCUUAUGAACCGGUUUUUCACCAGCAGGUACAUAGUUGUUCAUAAAAAAAAUAAAUCCAUAAUAAUUCUUAGUUACAUCCACCAUGAAACCCUGCUGAAAUCCACGUCUAAUCUGUAAACACAAUGAAAUGGUACUAAUUGUAGUGUAGUGUCCUAGGUACCCUUUGUUCUGCUAGAAGUUCAUUUAAAUGAAAUAAGUAAAAAAGAUAAUUAAAUGUGCCUAAGUAUGUUCAUAAAAGGAGUCAGUUUUUAUAUUUCAGAAAUACAAUUAUGUUGUCAAGGGGUUUUUUUGGGUUUUUUUUACAUACUUCAGUAUUGUUCUAUUUUCCCUAAGCCUAUGGUAACUAAGAAUAUGUUUCCUGUUCACAGAGCAAGCUUUACAUGGAAGGAUUUAGAAGCCUAAAAGAAGGAGAACCAGUGGAAUUUACUUUUAAGAAAUCUUCCAAAGGACUUGAAUCAAUACGGGUAACAGGUCCAGGUGGGAUUCCCUGUUUAGGAAGUGAGAGACGACCCAAAGGAAAAACAGUACAGAAAAGAAAACCAAAGGGAGAUAGGUAAAUAUUUUUUCCCCUAUUUUUACAUCUUUUGGAAAACUUUUAUUUGCGGUGCUUCUCUGCAGACUCGGAUGCAGUCAUGCAAAGAUAAGGAUGUGAAUGGUUUAACUUGUGAUUCUGGAAAUGGCAUAUUCUGAUUCCUUCCAUGAGGAACAGCUGUAGCUUGGUGGUUUGCAUGCAGAAGGUUUUGAGCUCAAUCCUUGGCCUCUCUGGAUAGGACUGGGUGAGGCCUGAUCUGAAACUUGGGAGAGCCAGUUCCAGGCAGUGUGGAUAAUUAUUAAGAUGGACCAAUCUGUCCCAGAUAUACAGCAUGUGUUUGCUCUGUGGGACUUUACAUAUGUGUAAGAGCACUCUUGCCAUGAUGAUUUGUUGCAUUUCACAUUAGGUUCUGGUACUGGAAAUGGGUUCUAGUUUUCCUCACAUACAUGUACUGCGCUGUAUAUAUGUCCUGCCACAUGUCUUUGGCUCAUAAAGUAAUUUUAGUGUUACUUGCCUAGGCCAGCAUGUUCUGCUAGCUCAUAUUGGUUAAAAAGAUUCUUUCGUAUUAUGCAACAGAAUAAUGACAGGUCCUAAGUAUUUCAGGACUUCAGGAGGGCUAAGAAUAUAGAUAGAAGGGGACAGGGCAGAGAGAGAAAGAGCUCCUACCAGAGGCAGGUGUGGUGAAAGAAUGCUCAACUGAGAAUGGAACCUAUUGAGAAGCCUAUACUGUGUAGUUUUCUGUAAUAAUUAUUCAGAUAAUGUCAGCUGUUGCGGUGUUACGGGCAGAGCGUUUGUGUGUGUUGAAAUCUGAAAAUGUCUUCUGGUGCUAUUAUUAAGAUCAAGGAACAGCCAAAACAGAAAAUAUAGAGAUCUAGGAUGGUUUAUGGUUGGUUUCACUAAACUUUAAUGUAGUGUGUUUUAUCCAUUUUAAGUUAAAAUUAUAAUAAUAUAUAUAUUAUAAUUUUUUAUUUAUACCCCGCCCAUCUGUCUGGGUUGCCCCAGCCACUCUGGGUGGCUUCCAACAUAAAUAAAAUAACAAUAAAACAUCAAACAUUAAUAGUAACAAUCUGAUAUCCAAUAUAAAAAGUCACAAAAACUUUAAAUUAAACAAUUUAUAUCAAAUAAAGCAAUAUUCAAUAACCUGUUAGAAAAUAAUAGUAAACAGUAAAAUUAAACAUCAGCAAAUAAUAAUUAAACAGUUUACAAUUACAAUAAAGAAUUACUAAUCCAUAAUCAAUAAAAAUAAUAGAAAAUCACAAUGCAUAAAAUACCACAAAACAAAGUCACCCUAUGAAAUUAUGUGGAAGAAAAUGAAAGGACCCAUCACUAGCACAAGAAAACCUGGCCUCCCCUGAUAGGGGUUUUGACGGAUGCAGAGAUGCACUUAGUCUUUCUAGAGGUCUCUUGUUUCCCAUCAUAAGAAGCUAUAGCUCUGACCUAUAAUACGUAACUAAACCUGUUUUCCAGAACAGAGUGUCUACACUGUGGGCUUCCCGUUGUUUGUAGACUUCAGCUGACUAUGAAUCCCUGACAACUAGCCAACAGUAUCUGGAAGACCACAUGUUCCCUAUUUCUGGUUUAAACAGAGUCAUACUAUUGCAAAGGAUAAUUUUAUGUAUGUUUGCUCAUAGAUGUAGGAAUUUCCUCCUUUCCUAUGUGCAUGUUGAUGCAGACACUACCCACAGUGCCCAUUUACUCCCAGUCUUUUGUCUUUGUCUGUCUGCAUCAUCCAUUCGUCCGCCUAGUUAUCUUCUUCCACCCCAAAUAGUCCAUUAGGCCUAACCGGCUUAGUGGCGGGUUCUGCAAUGGCUGGGCGGGCCAGAUUUAGGACCCUGGUGGGCCAGAUCUGGCCUGCAGACUGUAGUUUGAGGACCCCUGAGUUAAGCAAAUUCUUCUCUUUGAGUCACAUUUAUUUAUAGUAUUUAGUAUUUGUUCUCAUAGCGUGGAGCCUUUGUCAAGAAGUGCAUUCAGAGAAAGGUAUGAGAAGUGAUUAAAAUUACAUCCAGUUUUUCAAAGAAUAGUCUUCGGUGGCUUUAGAGGUGGGUAGAAUUGCUUUCCACCCUUUAGGUUUCGGACAGUUUAAAUGCUGAUCAAUGUAAUGGAGUUCAGACAGGUUGGCAAACAAUAGCAAACCACAGACUGCUCUCGUUUCAUUGCCUGCCAUUAAUGCUGCAGUACCCUUUACAUCAAAGUUAACUGGGCUACUUUGAUUUCGUCUGUCAUAUUGAUAUGUCUGAUACAUGUGCUUUAAAUGGCUUGCAUGUUGAAAGAUGAUUUUUUUAAUAAAAAAAAAUCCUAUUUAGAAUUAUCACAAAAUUAUAGAGCUGCAUCUGCCAACAUUUAUGUUGGAUAGAGUAGCCACAAUCCACAUCCCUGUGCCUGUGGCAAAAGUCCUGUUCAGUUAAUACUCCUUGUGGGGUGAAAGCAGAUAUUUAUUUAUUCUACACUAACAAAACUAAACUACCAUUCCCAUUGGCUCUACUAAACCUUCCUGCCACCAUUCAGCCAUUUACAUUUAUUUAUCACAAGAUUAUUAGGUACGCAAGUUGAUCUGGUUAACAGUACAGUGUUUUUUUACACUUUAAUGGCUUCACACUGUCGCUUCACACAAUGUAUAUUCAGCUAUUAAUGUUUACUAAAAUGGCUUGGCUUUAAAGGAGAAGUUACCUACUACAGUCGUACCUUGGAUCCCAAAUGUUUUGGCUCCCGAAUGCCGCAAACGGUUCGGGUUUGCGAACUGUUUUUGGAAGCUGAACAUCCGAUGGGGCUUCUGCAGCUUCCAAUUGGCUGCAGGAGCUUUCUGCAGCCAACCAGAAGCCAUGCUUUGGUUUCUGAACAUUUUGGAAGUCAAACGGACUUGCGGAAUGGAUUCCCUUCGACUUCCAAGGUACGACUGUAUAUUAAAAACCCUUUAGCAAAAUUGCCUGUUUUUUGUCUCCAUGCCCCUUAAGCUUCAGCAACUUCACUGCUGUCAGGUCCCACAUUGACAGUUAAACUGGACCCUAAAACGCACUAGACAGAAAACUUCUCCCUUCAGAUGCAUGCCAGUGUACAUUGCAAUACAAAGGUCAAAACACAUUACACAGUGCCCAUUAAGACUUAGAGAAACAGUCCUAGUUUAAAGUUGAGAGCCUCUUCUCUCCACAUGUGCCAUGAAUAAAAGGGAAGAAACAAUUCUUGAGACAGGAUGAAUACCUUGUGGUCCUCUGGAUGUUGUUGGACUCCCCAUCAGACCCAAAUAGCAUGGCCUGUGAUUAAGGAUAAUGGGAGUUACUGGGCGAGUCCUAAUGUCGGAGGGAAUAUGAUCAAAUUCGGGCACCUUUUACCAUAUGUGGUGGUCAUGUGACAUAUCAAUUACUGUGGUUUUGGGUCAUGGUAUCCUGGAAGAUUAGUGUAAUAAUCACAGGACAGACAGUCCCACAUGUCUCUCAGUUAGCACUGUUAACUCUGCUUGAGGGAAGCUUAAAAGAGCUGAAGUAUAAAUAACGCUAUAACUCUGAUCCUGGUUAUAGUAAGACUUGUUAUAGCUCGUAAAUGGAAAGCUUUAGACAAUGUCUGCAUAGAAGCUUGGCUGCAACAAAAUGAACUAAGAGGAAAAAAAUAACCGAACACCCGAGAUCAUUGUGAGAAAAUGAGGCUUUCUGGGGAGCUUGUUGCAGGCUUGUUGCAUAUAAAUUUAGAAUCAUCCAUGUUCACAAACACUUUCUGUUUUGGCUUUAGAAUUCAAUGCCAUGUUGAUACUUAGGGGUGGGGGACUUUAAAAAGGGAUGAUAGGAGUUGUAGCCCAUUAACAUCUGGUGGGCCACCAGUUCCUUAUACCUCAGUUAAAAGAAACAGAUGGGAAUUGGCUCCUUAAGAAGGCUAUGAAAAGAGGUUGCUUUGCUAGAAUUGGGAGUAGCUCUCAGGAAUUCAACUACUUGUGUGGAUUUGGUUGUCUUUGCCUCAUAAUUUUAGCACAUGGUAGUAGUGAGGACCCAACUCUGGAAAGAAUUAAAUGUCUCACUCUUCCAAUCAUUCCCUGUUCCAGCAUUUUAGCUUGCUAGAUGGAACAAUCCCCCUCUCUUUUGCCCCACUGUUCUGGGGGUUCCCCUGACCCUCUGAGAGCUGAUAUUGGGGAACAAGAGAGGUUGGAAAGUCCCAUCACACAAACGGGCUUCUGUUGAUGGGGCUGGUUAUGUGAACCCUGUUCUCUAACACGCUAGUCUGUUAUAUCUAUGAACUGAGUAAGCGUAGUGUUGAGGACUUGCAAAAUUGCUGUGGAAGGGUUAAAGUGUGAGUGGAGUUGCUUUUUGCUUUCUUAUUUUUAAUUAGAAAAAUAGAAUGCUGGGUUUUGAUGUGGAAAGCCUGUAUUCCAGUCCCUAUUCACUAGGUGGCCUGGCUAGCUUGCUCCUAUCGAUCAGCCUGACCUACGUCAAAAAAUGCCAAAACACUAAUUUGAGCUCCACAGUAGACAGGCAAGAUGCAGAAUUAACUCUUCAUAAUUUGGAAACCAGAAAGUUGAUUGCUGGGUUAGCUUGAGCCAAGCAGGAUUGAUUUAUAGUCUUACAUUUUUAAACAUAAGCAUUAGAAUGAUUUAUUAAGCCUCUUUUGAAGGAGUGCUUAAUUUGUGCAAGUAAAGUAUGGUGAAGUGUUUUGAAGAGAGAGACACUUUGUUUUCUGCAAGCAAUCCAAAGAGAAGCUGCAUAAUUGUUAAAAUGCAGCUAAAAUGAAACUGGUUGCAUUGUCACUGAUAAGCAGACUGACCCAAUGCCCCAACAUUUUAAAGGAAUCCAUUGUUUAGAAAUAAAUAGCUCUAAAGACACAUCAUCGACAACUGAAAACCUCAGUAAACAGGCUAGAAGAAAAUAAAACAUGUAAACCCAUUAAGUGACCUUAAUUAGAUUUCAGAAUUAUUAAAGCACAAUUGCAGUUCCCCCUCUCCCACCCCUGGUAUAAAGGCAGAUUUUGGUAAUAUUUUAUAAUGAAUAUGUUGAAAUACUGCUUUAAAGUGCUAGCCAUUUUAGGCAUUUUAAAAAAGCAGAAUUUCAGCAAGUUUCAAUAAAUGUUGAAGUGGGCUUGUGCUUUCUAAGACUUGUUUUGUCAGAUUUUGGAAUUUGCUUUUUAGUGGUUUCUUUUGUAGGAGAGAAAUCUUUCAGGCAUGAAUUGAUAGUCCAGAUCUUUUGCGGUCUGUCUCUUCUAACCUAUGACCCUUGUUCCUACAAGGUCAACAUCUGAGGGCAGGAGAUUAAGAUAGUUUAAAGACUGGAAUGGGAACUGGAAUGGAAAAAUUAGCCAGCCUAUUUUGGUUGCAAAACAUCAAAGUCUCCAAACCAUUUACUUAUUUUUCAAUGUAGUUUAAGAGUAACAAGUUAAUUAAUUAUACUGUGCUUGGCAAAUAUAUGUCUGGAAUUAAGAGGACCAUCAUGGAAGAAUUUUUGUUUUGUAUUAAAUAUAGCAAGCAUAUUGUGUUACACGUACCGUAAAGAGUCUUUAGCAGUUUGCAAUAUAACUUGGAAUCUGGUCUUGCAACUUCUUUGCCCAAUUACUUCUCAUUCUCAUUAACUGCAACACUGACACCAGUAACACAAAUUUCCUGUGUAAGGAUCUAACCACGAUUGUGUACCCAGUGACUCCUGAGAUCGUGUGCUGAAAUUGCUAGUAUGUUUCCUAAUUAAAGUUUAAUUAUUAAACCAGUGCCUCUUGUGCCAUUUCUUUACAAAUGCAAAUGUUCUCUGUGUAGUGGCAUUGUCCAUUACAUAAAGAAAUCAACCCCAACCAAUACAUUGGUAACAAUGUAUGUGCCAUUACAUGAAAUAUUGGUCCUCCAUCUGCAUAAGUGUGUUUAAGGCACAUGCAUUAUGUGCAUGAGUUUGUAUAUGCACAUGUACAUAGACUCCAAUAUAAGUUGUAGAAGCAGUGAUUUUUUUAUGAACAAAAUGCAGGCUGCUAGUAGUUUCCUUGCCGUUGCUGUUUUUAAAAUAUAAAUCUCACAUGGGCAGAAAAUACGCUUUGUUAUUUCAUGGAAAAAGGAGGAGAUUGUGCCUUCAAUGUAUAAGCAAUUUUUAUGGAAAAGUGCUGUUUCUUCUAUCAUUCAGAAUCUGAUUGAUAUCUUUAUAGACUUAGGUGGUUUUCUGAUUGUUACUCUGCCACCAGAAAGGAUUUCAAAUUUAAAUAGCUUAAACUACUGUUGGGAAAUGUAUAUAUAAAGAGGUUUUGCCACUGUCCCUGUAAUCACAUGGCUUCCCCUGCCUCAAACAAUGCAUGGGCAGCUGCAGGAGAAAACGUUUCUGUAUAAAUAACUCAUGUUCAGUAGAAUCCUCCUUUCUCCUGAGACAGCUAUACAUGGUGCGGAUGUUGGGAGCUUGUGUGUCUCCCAGGCAGGGCCAGCAGCACCCAAAGCCCCCCCCCCCCCCAGUGCCUCUUCACAUGCAAAGGGUAGUUUAUAAGGAGCUGUGAAUAAGGAAAUUAUAGGCUCUCAUUUAUAAAUUCUGUUGGCCCAUAAAAUGUUUGAGAGUAAGUUUGUGCAUAGUUUUUCACAAGAGCUUGUGUAAAUUGAAGAACUUGCUUGUAUUUGCAGCCCUUUUGUAGAUCCAUCUAAGGUGCUAUAUUGUGUUUUGUUUCAACAGACUAACAUGGCGAACCUUUUGGGAUUGUGCCCUUAACUACCAGUGACUGAAUAACCUUAGGGUUUGGAUGUGCACAUAAAAAAGGAGAAUAUGUGUGACUUGUUUCCUAAAUGGGGGGUGUUCUAAUAAUGAAUUAUUCUAUUAUAGAAGUCUUAAAAAAAACACAAAACCCUAACUUCUUAAUUCAGCCUUUGCAAAUUGGUUGGCUGUUUCCUCUAGCCUGCUCAUCUGGAGAAAGGGCACCAGUGGUUCUUGCUUUUGUAUAUGCUUAGCUAUUUAAAUGCACAUAAAUUAAUUGUCUCUGACAGGAGUUGUAAACUAAGAAAACACACUGGGAGGUGGUCCCUAAAGCACUGUUUCUGAACCUGUGGCCCAUGGGCUUCAUAUGUAAACCUGAAAUAAUUAUUGCUUACAGUCUUUAACUGGUAUGACGAAUACCUCUUACAACUUCUUUGUUACGUUGGCAUGUUUUGGCACUUGCAACCGAACACUGGAAAAGUCUUACAUUUUGACACUUGAGAACCACUCUCUGGCAGCUAGUGAUGGUUCCAAUCACUGUUGCACCACAAGGUGCUUGCACAGGGACCUCCCCCGGAGUGUCCCCCACAGCUUGCCUCUGAUGCACGACCUUCAGCACCUGAGCAUCAGAGACAAGCUGCAACAGUCACUAAAACCAACUCCUUGUACAAACACCCACAGUGAACCACCACUGGAUCUGCUGCUAGUGUUAAUUAACAGUGUGACCAGGAGUGAUUAGAAUUUGGGGCGGGGGGAGUAUCUAAUGCUCCUUGAGUACAGUGGUGCCUCGCAAGACGAAAUUAAUUCGUUCCGCGAGUUUUUUCGUCUAGCGAAUUUUUCGUCUUGCGAAGCACGAAAUCCCAUAGGAAUGCAUUGAAAUUCAAUUAAUGCGUUCCUAUGGUCAAAAAAAGUCCACUCAAAGCCAAAUUCGGUACAACAAGAGUUUAUUAACUGCUCUUUAAAGUCACACAUACUUUAAAGAGCAUAUCAAAAUUGAAGGAACAAUAAAUUAAGUUUCUAAACAUGACAGGAAAAACAUUUAAAAAUCAAAAAGGGUACAUUACAUUUUCUAAGACUCUGGGGACCACUCGAAGAAGGUUCCUCUUCCACUCUUUGCUUCUUGCUGAGGAACCUGUCCAUGGUCUGCUGCUUCAUCCGCCGUUUCAGCAGCUCCCUGAGAGGCGACAUGACCGUCGUAUCAAAAAUGUUCGCUUGGUCAUGUGCCACGUGCUUGUCAGGGUGGUGCCGCUCUGCAAAAGCCUGCACCUCAUUCCACUUCUGGCAAAUGUCCCUCAGUUCUUUGGAGGACAGCCGUUCCUCAGUUGCUUCCUCCUCUUCCAGCGAGGCCUGCUCCUGCGCAACCUCUGACUGCAGUGCAACCAGCUCCUGGGUGGUCAGCUCGUCGUCGUGCUCCUCCACCAGCUCGCAAACGUCCUCCUCUGUGACCUCCAGGCCCAAGGUCCUCCCCAAGGCAACAAUGUCCUGCACCACUGUCGACUCUGGUGCAUCAGAGUCACUUGGUGCCACACAGUCCGGCCACAGGCUGCGCCAAGCGCAAUUCAAAUUCCUCUGGCUGAUCCCUUCCAGGCCGUGGUGAUCAUCUUCAAGCAGGUGACGAUGUCGAAGUGGUCCUUCCAGAAUUCCCGCAGGGUGAUGGUGGUGCAAUCAGUCACCUCGAAGCAUCGCCUGAAAAGCUCCUUGGUGUAGAGUUUCUUGAAAUUGGCGAUGACCUGCUGAUCCAUCGGCUGGAGCAGUGGCGUGGUGUUAGGCGGCAGGAACAUGAUGUUGAUGAAGCUGAACUCCUCCAACAAGUCCACCUCAAGGCCUUUAGGAUGAGCAGGAGCAUUGUCCAUCAGAAGCAAAGCCUUCAGCGGCAGGUCAUUGUCCAGCAGGUACUGUUUGACAGCAGGGCCAAAGGCAAGAUUGACCCAGUCCACAAACAGCACACGUGUGACCCAAGCCUUGCUGUUGGAUCGCCACAUGACACUCAGCCGCUCCUUGUCGACCUUGUGUUUCUUGAAGGCCCGUGGGUUCUCCGAGUGGUACACCAGCAGGGGCUUGAUCUUCAGGUCGCCGCUUGCGUUGGCACAGAAGAGCAGGGUCAGACGGUCCUUCAUGGGCUUGUGGCCAGGCAACUUGGCCUCCUCCUGAGUGAUGAAAGUCCUUUUGGGCAUCCUCUUCCAAAACAGCCCGGUCUCGUCGCAGUUGAAGACCUGCUGUGGAACGUAGCCCUCCGUCUUCACAACCUCCAGGAACUCCAAGGCAAAGUCUUCAGCCGCAGGAACAUCAGAACUGGCAGCCUCUCCAUGCCUGACCACGCUGUGGAUUCCGGAUCUUGCCUUGAACCGGUCAAACCAGCCUCUGCUUGCCUUGAAGACUUCUGGCUCGGCCGAGGUUCCUGGCUGUUCCCGGAUGAGGUCUGCGUGCAAGGCCUUGGCCUUCUCACAAAUCACGGCCUCAGUCACUGUGUCCCCUGCACGCUGCUUCUCUUCUAUCCAGAUGAGGAGCAACUUCUCGACCUCCUCCAGAACAGCUGGGCGGUUCUUCACGAUCCUGGUGACUCCCUGGCUGCAUCAGUCGCAAGGAUCUUCUCCCUCAUCUUCAGGAUGGUCCCGAUGGUCGAUGGGUUCCUGCCGUACUCCCUGGCGAGGUCCGUCACACGCAUUCCACCGUCGUGCUUCCGGAUGAUCUCCUUCUUCAUCUCCAGCGUCACCUUCUCCUUCUUCCUCUCGCCGGCCUCCGCAGCAGCAGCAGUCUUCUUGGGUCCCAUGGCAGCACAGCUGUUACCUUUGUAAAACUCAGAAAAGAAAAAAAAAUCAGCAAUUCAAACCCACAACCAAGUCCUUGAAUUCCAAACACCCAACCCAAAAUCCAAAAACCCCAAAAAAGUUUUAAAAGUUUAACUUACGAAAUGGCUGCAAAUCACCAAAGUCUUCAAAAUCCUCAAAUGGCUGCAAAAGAAAUUUUGGGAAAGCUUUAAAAAUCACCAAAGUCUUCAAAAACCUCAACUGUUCCCCCAGCCCCUCCCCAACAGUUGCUAAACCCGCCCCAACAGGUGCAAACCCUCCUCAACUGUUCCCCAGCCACCCAGCACACAGAAAUUCAAAACCCAGAAACUUUUUCAAAAAAAACAACAUGGCCCAAUGGUUACAGAAAACCAUAAAAAUUCAAAAAAGCACACAAGCUCCCAGAUUCUUGCAAACCCCUCCUCAGCUGUUCCCCCAGCCACCCAGCACACAGAAAUUCAAAACCCAGAAACAAUUUUCAAAAAAAACAACAUGGCCCAAUGGUUACAGAAAACCAUAAAAAUUCAAAAAAGCACACAAGCUCCCAGAUUCUUGCAAACCCCUCCCCAGCUGUUCCCCAGCCACCCAGCACACAGAAAUUCAAAACCCAGAAACUUUUUCAAAAAAAACAACAUGGCCCAAUGGUUACAGAAAACCAUAAAAAUUAACUAAAAGCACACAAGCUCCCAGAUUCUUGCAAACCCCUCCCCAGCUGUUCCCCCAGCCACCCAGCACACAGAAAUUUAAAACCCAGAAACUUUUUCAAAAAAAACCAACAUGGCCCAAUGGUCACAAAAAAUCAUAAAAAUUCAAAAAAAAGCACACAAGCUCCCAGAUUCUUGCAAACCCCUCCCCAGCUGUUCCCCCAGCCACCCAGCACACAGAAAUUUAAAACCCAGAAACUUUUUUCAAAAAACAACAACAUGGCCCAAUGGUCACAAAAAAUCAUAAAAAUUCAAAAAAGCACACAAGCUCCCAGAUUCUUGCAAACACCUCCCCAGCUGUUCCCCCAGCCACCCAGCACACAGAAAUUUAAAACCCAGAAACUUUUUUCAAAAAACAACAACAUGGCCCAAUGGUCACAAAAAAUCAUAAAAAUUCAAAAAAAAGCACACAAGCUCCCAGAUUCUUGCAAACACCUCCCCAGCUGUUCCCCAUCCACCCAGCACACAGAAAUUUAAAACCCAGAAACUUUUUCAAAAACAACAACAUGGCCCAAUGGUCACAAAAAUCAUAAAAAUUCAAAAAAAGCACACAAGCUCCCAGAUUCUUGCAAACACCUCCCCAGCUGUUCCCCAUCCACCCAGCACACAGAAAUUUAAAACCCAGAAACUUUUUCAAAAAAACAACAUGGCCCAAUGGUCACAAAAAUCAUAAAAAUUCAAAAAAAGCACACAAGCUCCCAGAUUCUUGCAAACCCCUCCCCAGCUGUUCCCCCAUCCACCCAGCACACAGAAAUUUAAAAUCCAGAAACUUUUUCAAAAAAAAACAACAUGGCCCAAUGGUCACAGAAAAUCAUAAAAAUGCAGAAAAAAACCACACAAGCUCCCAGAUUCUUGCAAACCUCUCCCCAACACCAAGUCCUUGAAUUCUAAACACCCCAACCCAAAAUCCCAAAAACCCCAAAAAAGUUUUAAAAGUUCAACUUACCAAACAGCUGUAGAAGAAGUUUUGGAAAAGCUUCAAAAAUCCAGCAAACUCUUUAAAAAGCUCAGAAAGGCCACCACACCGCGUGCAAUGUGUUGCUCCUCGAGGUCAAGUCGCAACUGCACCUCUUCAAGCAAUGCACCCUAGGUUUUAACGGUUUUACGAAAAAGGAAACAAACUUGCAAGACGGUUUCGUUUUGCGAAGCCAGCCCAUAGGGACAUUCGUCUUGCGAAGCAACUCGAAAACGAAAAAACCUUUCGUCUUGCGAGUUUUUCGUUUUGCGAGGCGUUCGUCUUGCGGGGCACCACUGUAACUGGAUGCUUUGUAGAAUAAUUUUUUUAUACCUUAUGAAGCAAUAUCCUGCAAUCAGAUGAUUGGUGUUCUUAACAUUCCUGUAACAAAACUGUGAAUAACUCUUAAAUAUUUAGAAGUACUCUAAAUGUUUCAACAAAUUACACAUUAAUAGGAGUGAUAGGUCCUUUUUUUGCUGGGAUGCUUCAAGUAUAGGUUAUAAAACAGUCAAUGUUGCAAUUAAAAGGCAUGAAGCCAAUGGCUGUUGAGGGAAGUCAGCAGUUUGGAAGGUCCAGAACUCACAUGACAAUAAAUGGAUGGGACAUUAAACCUAGUGAACCUGGACUUGUAGAUUACUAUACCUAAAAGACUGGGAACCACUGUCCUAAGCAGUAAUUCUAGAAUAGUUUUUAGUUGCAAGCCCUGAGUUCUUACAGGACUAGAGGGAAAAGGAAAAGAACAUCAUUUGAACAAUGUGGUUUCUUUUUUAUACAAAGGUGAUGGUACAAAAGUAUUUGACUUACUAUGUGAUUGACAAGGUGCUGUAAAAGGUUGUUCUCAUCAGAUGCAGGUGAGGAAAAAUAUUGCUGCUUACAACCAUUAAAGAAAGUUAAAAAGCCAGUUUGUCAGAGAACAGAGCUUGAUCCUUUUCAGACAAACAAUAUAUUCAAGGGAUGGGAAUUCAUGAUGCCCUAUGGACCUAUAUCCCAACAUUAUGGAAAAAGGCAAAGCUUGAACAAUGAGUGACUCUUGGUGGUUCAAUCUGACUCACCACUAGUACCCUGAGAGAGAUUAUUCAUAUGUUUUCUUUGGAUGUAAUUGUAACGGUACUUACUGAAAACAAGUUAGUAAAUAUAGGGAAACCAAGAUUUGCUGAAUGCUUGGUAGAAUAUAUGAAAAAGGAAAUUUUCUUAAAAUAAGACUGAUGUUCCCACCCACAUCAAUUUCAGAAACAUUUUAGGUGUUUUAUUUUAUCACUUACAUGUUUGCUGUCCUGGGCUCCUUUGGGAGAAAGGUAGCAUAUAAAUAAAAUAAUAAAUAUGAGUGCUUUUUAGCAACUGCUAUGUGAAACCAAAACAUUGCUUUCAACAACAUAUAUUUUAUUUGAUGUAUAAGGAUGAUUGAGAUGAUGAAGAACUCGAAUUCUUGAGAGAAGUAGAGAGCAUUUCACUUAAAUUUGAUCAGUUUCCUAAGUUUAGCUAUCCAUCUAUUGCUUGCUCUUUAAAAGAACCAUACUAUUUUGCUGAUGUUAAUAAUAUAAUUUCAUGUUAUUUCAUUAAAUCAUUGUCCCAUUAAAACUGUUGUGCACUAUCCUAUAAUAAUAGCUCCUUCAAGAACCAUAGCAUUGUGUAUGUGUUUGGUACAUAUAUAGGUGUCUUGUGGUUGCAAAAGAGAAACUCUGGCUAGUUGUAGCAUGUAUAGAUGGCUGGUUGGCACUAGCAUCUCUCUGUCCUACUACAAAUUGUCAUUGGUAUCCAGAAACUUAAUGUUCUUAUUUUUGAACUUCUAAAAACAGCUUUGCACCAGCAUGUUUAUGGAAACUAGUUUGAAAAGCAUGACACUGAAUGACAGGUAACCUAUAAAUAAACAAUCCCCAAACCAAGCAGGUGGAUAGAACGUAUCCCUUCCUGACAUUAUUCCUAUGCCUACAUCAAGAUUUGUUAAGAUCAGAAGUUCUUUUAUAUUACAGAAACAAAUAUUAUUUUAAAGUAUAUAUACUUAAUUAUAUAGAAAGCUGUCAGUGAUGCAUUUUGACUUGCAAAAGCCAGCAAGCCUUACUUGGGGUGAGCACCCCACAUUUGGGGAAUCAUCACAGAAAAGGCCUGUUCUCAUUUUGUCACCCUCGGGACCUCUCACGGAGAAAGUUCACGAAGAAGGACCUCAGAUGAUGAUUGUGCAGGCUCCAGGUUGGUUCAUAUGGUGAGAGGCGGUCUUUGAAGGUUAUAGAACUUGGCAUGCCUAAUUGCUUUGCAGCCAGUUGUAUCAUCUUCAGUGUUAUUGCCACCCUUGUAUUGUCAAGUUGGCAGAAUAGAAUUAAAAUACACUAUUCUUGGACAACCCAUUGGUCACUUUCCAGAUAGUACAUAAAUGUUUCUGGAAGAAGUGAGAUAAUGGAGAAAGCAGUCAAAUGGUUUUUAAAUUUACUCUUGUGUCUGUCUUUAAAUAUGAAAGAUGGAAUUCUUCUUGGGUCCCUGAAAUCUUGUACUCUGUUUCCUGAUGGGAUCUCACCAAGCCUUCUGUUGGUUGUGUUGCCUAUAGGAUAGCUGCACUCCUCUGUUCACCAUUGUUUCAGGAUUCCUUGCCCUGCCAUUUAUAGAUGCUGGCUAUUCAUUAUGUGUUCAGGAAACCUGUGGCAAACAGCAUUUCCACCCUGCCCCCCACUUUUUCGCGCUGCUUAUUCUCUCCAAUUUAUUGGCAUUGGCCUCUCUGUCUCGCCAACAUUCAAGAUCGACUUGUCAUUCUGCAAACUGCAUUUUCCGUUCAAGGGAGUCUCCUGCAGAGGAUCCCAGCUGCUUCCACUUAAAACACCCAGAAACUAAUCCUCCAGAAUCAGCUUGAGCAGGCCAGCAUCUGUCUUUCACAUUUUGGUCCCCUCGAGGUGCCUCAGAUAAUGCUCUGCGCCACAGUCAGGGCUGCUGUUCCUACCUUUUGGCCAGCCUUUUGAUUCCAAGUCUGUUCCCAAACCCUUUUCUCUCUUUCUUCCAAGUUUUACUACAGUCAAAGUAAUAAAGCCAUUUUCUCUUAGGAAUAUUCUGGUUUAUAGACAGGUUUUAAAACCCACUAGCUUAAAGUCAGCCUGCCUUCAUUAUGUGGUUACCACAAGAUCGGUUCAUUUAUGAACAUCCACUAGUUUGUGGGUAGAAAAAAAUUUUUGGAGAAAAACAUUCAUGAGAAAAGGGAUUGCCCAACCUUUUAGCAAGGGCAGCAUUUGUACAACCUGUUUAGAUAGCAGAGGCUUGCAUGCUGCGUGUGUGUGUGUGUGUGUGAGAGAGAGAGAGAGGCGCAUCAGUUUGGUGCAUGUUUAGCUGUUUUGGGGGAUAUGGCACCUAGAGUGGUUUAGAACUUUUCUGGUGCUGACUGGCUAUGCCAAAAUCCUUACUAUUAAGUUUUUAUUUCAUUUAGCUAACCUGUUUUCACAAGAUUACACACACACACACACACACACACACACACACAUUGUUGCCUACUCUUAUAUUUAGAUCAAGGCCAGACGCUCCCAAAUUCAAUAUAUUCUUACUAGUUUGAUUAUCGAAGUGACAUCCGUUUAGCUCAGUUGGUUAGAGUAUGGUGCUGAUAACGCCAAGGUUGCAGGUUCAAUCCCUGUAAAGGGACAGCUACAUAUUCCUGCAUUGCAGGAGGUUGGACUAGAUGAGAUCUUUAGGGUCCCUUCCAAUUCUGUGAUAAGGAAGAACAAGCCAGUUAACACACUUGCAUUUCAAGAAUUUCGCUCCUCUCAUUCUCCUGCAAGGCUGGGAGGAGUACUGUUUCAGAGUUCAGUUUCACUUUUGUGUUCCUAGGGACCCUGGUUUAUAUAGCAAACUCUCUUAAGUUUCUUAACAAGUAGAUAACGUGUGUUAUUAUGAAACUAGCUUAUUAAAUUAACCCACUGUGUUGAGUUUUUUUAAAACAAGGACCCCUGGGUUGAAUGUAAUGCUGAUUCAGAGUUCAGUAACGCUAAACUCUGGCAGAGUUCUCUUAACCAGCCCUGUGCAAAGAGGGAGGGCACCAUGGAGCCAAUGGCUACAGUCCAGUAUUCCUAAUACCAAAUCACCUCCGAUCUAGGAGCUGUAAGAAGAGGGGUGCUGGCAGAGAUUAUAGCUAAGACACAACUGACCUAUCCUAUAAACCAGUUGUGCAGCCUUAAUUUUUUGUUGCAACUGGUUCCAAGCCCAUUUUAAUCUCUCAGACGUAAAAAAUGUAGCAAAAGUUUAAUCGAAACCAGUUGCAUUGAUUCUUGAAAUUAGAAACAAAGGAAUAAUUUCCAGAAUUUCUAAAGCUCAUCUUCUCCUUUUUCUAUUAUUCAAUAAAUGUUUCGGUAAAACUGAUUGAGAUUCUGUUUCAGUUUAAAAGCAGCUACCUGGUUGUCACUUUGUUUUUUUUAAAAAACUGUUUAGAAGUUUUGCACAUAUUUAUGGCUUAAAUGCAACAGUAGCUGAAUCUACCACAGUUCUGGGCACAUAGGCUAGAAAGAUGUGUUCAUUUCUAUGGUCAUUGAAUAAAGCAGCCUGCACAUAAGGAUUGAGAUGGGGUUACCUGCCUGCUACUUUCUCUGGCUGCUAUCUCUUAUUGCUGUGGCUGUUCCACCUGUGUGAAUUCACUUACGCAAUGGUGGCAAGGAUGCAUGAAAAGAUCAGGAGGCGUCACUGAUUUACACGAAUACUUUAUUUCACUUUUGCCUGAAUAUACAUGCAUGUAUGGUGUGGCAGCUGCGGCUGCCCUAUCCUUACUUGUAUUGGUCUAAUCCCAGGAUAAAUUGAGGUAACUGAGAAGCAGCAGGUGCAAGACAGAGCAGGUGACCAGGCAGGCAACUGCCUUAUUGCAAGGCUGGAAUAAAGUUUUGGCAUCACAUUAACAUUUAGUUUCUUGCUUCAGUGGUGACAUUUGAUAGUCAUUGAUAAAAAUGAGGAGAACAGUAGACCUUUGAACUUGGCAAGAUAGCUACCCAAGCGUAGCCUACUUAAACUUAUGUUGUUGUUUCAUGUAUUUAACAUUAUCUCCCCGAACCCAUUAUGUGAGGCAACCAGGAGAAGCAGAACUCUGUGUGCGAAAGGCACAUGGGUGUGUAUCUCGAAUGCAUGUUCACCUGCACUGCAGUGUUCACAUGAGUCCAGGUGUGCUGCUUUGAUGCAUAUGAAGCUGCCAUUAUAUAUAACUAGUUGCACAUGCCUAGGGUUGGAUCAGGUAAUUGUGAAUCAAAUUUGCAUCAUUUUCAUGCUGGACUAGAUUAUAUUAAUAUCCAAGAACAGUAGAUCUGUUGUUGGAUGCUUGCUUGCUUAUUUAUUUAUUUAUUUAUUUAUUUAUUUAUGGUAGUGUUGUUGUAUUUUGGACUAAUGUUGAUGUCCUGUGGCUUUAAUUUUAAUAUUGGAAAGUCCUUCAAACUCUUCUUGGUGGCCUGUGAAGUACUGACAGUUAUUCGUGUGGCCUGCUGUCAUGAUGACAUUUUAUAUAGAUACAUAAACUUCAGAAUGUUCCUUCUGUGAAUGGAAGGGCUUCUUUCAUUUGCAGAAGGAACUGUGAUCCUGAGAGGCAAUUUUCAUUCACUUCUCCUCUCCAUGCCACCUCUCACAGUGUUCCGCCCCCCCCCAAACCUUCCUGCUAUUGCACAAGUGGGAUUCUGCACAUAGGAACUCUGGAUCCAAGCCCAAAUAUAUAGAAAUUAAGUCAACACCCGCCCUUAUUCAUGUAUCGUUUUUCUUGAUGCAGUUGUUUCAGUACAGCUGAACUGAAAAUUAGAUCCUAAUGGAAGAAUAAUGCCAUACCUUAAAUACUGGUAAUUGUAAUUUUGCCAGUUCAGACAGUCCAAAAUGUUGCAAACGCUUUACAACUGUUCAAAACAAUCAUCAUUUCUUUUCCAGUGGUCAGUAAUCAUUAUUAGUAUUAAACUGACUAAUGUGUAGUCAUUCCUACAAAUUUUAAACUGAAUAUUAGCUGAAUGCUAGGUUGAAUUGAAAGAUACCUUCUGUUCAUGGAAGUCUAGCAGUUGUUCAUCAGCCCUCUCCUACACACUAGAAGCCUUCAACUGCUCUUAAGAUUUGUAGGAUUCUCUGUAAUUCUGGGAGGUCGUGCAGGGAGUUCAAUAGAUAGAGAGUGAAAUUGGGAGACCUGCCUUAGAGGAAUGCUUUCCUCUUGUAUGAAAGCACCUUUUCAUACAGUCAUUGAUUUAAAGCAGGCAUGGUCAAACUCGGCCCUCCAGAUGUUUGGGACUACAAUUCCCAUCAUCCCUGACCACUGGUCCUGUUAGCUAGGGAUGAUGGGAGUUGUAGUCCCAAAAACAGCUGGAGGGCCAAGCUUGGCCAUGCCUGAUUUAAAUUAAUUGCCUUUUUCAUCUUAUACUUUACAUAAAAUCCAAGCUUACAUUCCAAAUUGUAACUUCAUUUUCUGUGGUUACUUCACAGCCUUCAUCUCAUUUCCAUUUAAGAGCCAUUUAAGAUCUAAGGACUAUAGGAAAAUACUAUGUUUUGUUGUUAGAAUUUGAAGAGAUAUAAACACACGUGCUUUUGUUAUCUGCGUUUAUUAUGGUUUCUUAACCAUCCCUUUCAAAAACGAUGUGAUUUAAUUUUCACGCUUCGAAAAAUUGUGUAUAGUCCAAAGAUUUGUACAAAGAUGUAUAUGAAAUGACCCCUUCAACCUUUUUGUUUUAUGAGAGCCUGUGUAACACAGUAGCUUAGAGGCCAGGUUACAAAUCAGGAAGUUGCAGGUUUAAAUCUCACCUCUGCCAUGAACUGGCUAGGUAGCCCUGGCUCACAGUAGCUGGACUGAUGGAGGAGUAACAGUUUUCUGUCCAGGAACCUACACAUUCAUUCAUGCCAAGUCCUGGCUUGGCUUAGUGUUGUUACAGGAACAGGAUCACUGGAUGGCCUUAGGCAAGCCACCCUCUCUGACUUUCCCAUCUGCAAUGUGGGGAAAAGUACCGUAUUUUUCGCUCUAUAAGACGCACCAGACCACAGGACGCACCUAGUUUUUGGAGGAGGAAAACAAGAAAAAAAAUAUUCUGAAUCUCAGAAGCCAGAACAGCAAGAGGGAUCGCUGUGCACUGAAAGCAGCAAUCCCUCUUGCUGUUCUGGCUUCUGGGAUAGCUGCGCAGCCUGCAUUCGCUCCAUAAGACACACACACAUUUCCCCUUACUUUUUAGGAGGGAAAAAGUGAGUCUUAUAGAGCAACAAAUACGGUAAUAACUGAUUAUACAAAUUUGCAUGGUUGUAUACAAGCAUUAAAACUAAAGAAUGCAUGUGCAGUUCUUUGAGCCCCUGGAAGUGUUGGCAAAUGGGAAGUGCUGGUAAAGCUCAGUUGCUAGAGCAUGAGACUCUUCAUGGAUUCAAGCCCCACGUUCGGUAAAAGAUUCCUGCAUUGUAGGGGGUUGGACUAGAUGAUCCUUGUGGUCCCUUCCAGUGCUACAAUUCUGUGGUGCCAAGUGCUGUUUUCUGAAUACCAGAAAACAAGAGAGCUGCACCAAUUCACAUGAAAAGGGAGGGAGUUCCCAAAGGUUCAAAAUAAAUCUGGGUUAUCAGAUGCGCUAAGUCAGGCUUGUUGCUCUUUCUCACAUUACUCCAACACAAAAAUACAUAAUAAUAAUUUAUAUGAAUUAACAUAUCUAUAUUAGGAAACAAAUCUUUAUAAAAUGUGUUGCCCUAAAAGCUAUCCCCUUUUUACUAUAAAAUAGUAGAGUUAUUAUUUUCCAUCACCUAUUUCAUAGGGUUAUCACAUCUUUACAUGUAUAAUGCUUAUUUUUCAAAUUCUCACCGGGAAAACAAACUUUUUUCACGUGUGUGCCUCCUUUCUCAUAAAAGAUUACAGAAGAUGACAAAAUAUCAUUGAGUGUUAUUCACAAACUGUUUAUCAGCAAAUAAAAUAGGUUCUUUAUUCUGUCUUUGUAAGGUCCUGUCUCUCAUUAUUUAAUAUAGAGAGAACUGUCUUCAUUUCUUUAUUGAAAUGAUUAUAAUAUAUUUUUCUCUGUAAACUGCUUUGGAAUUUAUUUGUAAUAGAAAGCGUGUAAGAAUACUGCUUACUAUUUUUUAAAAAACCUUAAUGUAAAAAACUUUUAAAACUAGAAAACAGACAUUUCAUGCUGCUAUUGUAACAAUUUCUUCUAACAUAGUAGUUGUUUCUGCAUAGUGACAGAAAAGUAAUACUAAAACAUGCAGAUUUUUAUUUUUUGCCCCAACUCUUUUAAUAGUAGAGAAGCCAUCUUCUUUCACUUGCUUUUUCUUCCUGCAAUUGUAUUUCUUCCCAACUGCCAUACAGAUGCUUCAAAAAUUCAAUCAUUGACUCAGGUGCUGAAUCUCUCUUCUUCUUUGCAUAUGUUUAAAACUUUAUUUACCAGCAUGUUUCCAUGUAGACACCAUGAGUAUAUCACCAAGAAGCCAUUUCCCAGAAGAACAUAAAGAUGGCUAUAUCUUCAGCCAAUGCAUGUGUUCCACUGAAUGGCUAUUAUCAAAAAAACACUUAGCACAUGCAUAAUUUUAAUUAAAAUGGAAUUUGGCACUAUUAUGAUAUGAUUUAAUGUCAUCCAAUAUUAUUAAAAUGCAAAGAAGGAUUAUAAGAUGUGUGCAUGGUGGAAAUGUCUGAGGAAAUAUGUAUGAAAUGAAGUCCCUUAUAUUUACUUUGAAGGGGGGGGUCAUUGAAAGCCUCUAGUUUGCAAUUCCACAUACAGAAACUUCCAUGUACCUUGUGAAUGAAAGGCAAAAGGCUUGUAGACAAUGCAAGAUUUUAUUUGAACUUGUCAUGUGCAGUUGACAACCAAAGCAAUAUAGAAAUUUAUGACAAACUUUAGCAGAGGUAAUCUGCAUGUUAACAACAAAUUAAGAUGCUAAGAUAUCUGAACAUUCUUCACUCAAGUGUUUUUGCCGAGAGGUAAAUCAAUAAAACAGAGAUGAUUAGUGUUCACUUCAGUUCUUUUAUUUGUUGCAUCAAUUAUAUAUUCAACUAUUAUAAUGGUUAAAACAAUUCAGUUUUCUGUUUAAGAAAACAUGGGAAUAAUCCUGAUUAACUGCGAACAAGCUUCAUGUCUCUUGAAUUUCUAUUUUUCAAAAUCCCUGUGUUCUUUUUAAAUACAGGUGAAGGCAGUAUUUUAUACAAUUGCUUCUUGUGAAAUGCAUUACACUUUCUUAAAGGGCUUUUUUAAACAACAACAACAACACUUUCCUUUAUCGUAUUCUAAAUGUCUUAAUGGAAAAGGAGGAAGAUAAAGAAGCCAAACAGAAUGUCAUACAGAAUCUGGAGCCAACAUGGAAUUCCUCUCUUUUCUUCCCCCUUCCCCCAUCUCAUUGUAAGGUUCCAUCAUGCGUGUCUCUUCUGAGGCUUCUCAAUUGUUCACAUAAAACUUGUUUUGUUUACUUGGGGGUGGGGGGAACCGACAAAAAGUAUUUGUGCUUAAGUAGCAGCAUUUGUCUGUUUUCUGCUUGUUGUAAAACUGGCUUUCAGACAAUUUUCCUUGUCAGUUUUUGUAGUGUUUGAACUAAUAAUAUUAAUCCCCAUUGCACUUGCUCUAAAUGCAAAUGGGAUUUACAAUUAAAACAUGCAGAACAAUUUUUUUAAGGCUCUGUUACGUGUACUUUGUGUCUUUUAGAUUAAGAGGCAUGGGCCAUAAUGCUAAAAGUUAUUUCCUAAUAUAAGCAAUUAAAACGAUCAAUUUCUUUAAAGGAAAAACUUGCCUUCUUAUUAUAACAAGAGUUUUGUUUUUGUAUAAUGUGUUAAGGUGCAGGUCCAGGAAAUUGCAUGUCAGAUUUCCUGAUUUAAAAGAUCAUAGUGUGUGGGUGUUAUUUUCCAGGGUUUUUUUUUUUAAUUGAGAACCCCAUUAACUAAGCUGUAAUCAUCUUAAUAUUAUCAAAUGUCAUAUUAGCGAUACUUGCACAGUAGCAUCUCCUUUAAAAAAAUGAAAAACAAAGCUGUUUUGGUGCUAACUGAAUUCAUUCGACAGAGAUAUACUGUUAUUUAUGAAAUUGGCAUAACUAAAUUUUUACUUCUAAGCAACACUGAACACACUAAUGGCUGUUGUUGUUGUUGUUGUUGUUGUUUUUAAUAUUAUAAUCUAUUUUGUCAUUCCAUCUUUAGUAAUGUAUGUCUGGAACCAGAAGAGGAUAAUUAUAUAAAUGUUCCUGUGUUUUGCUUUCUCAAACACUAAAUUUUCUUCAGAUGACAUUGUGGAGUUGGUGGCUUCACACAUAUCUUUAUUUUUAUAAGAUGUGCUGCCGGAUAUGCAUUGAUUUCCAUUAGUUACUCCUGAAUAAGUAUCCAUAGGAUAGUAACUUUCUUUUUAGUUUUUAAUUUAUUCAACUUCUUAAUUUCCCCCAGCUUUUUAGAACACAUGACACAUUUUCUGAACAUCUAAUUUGUACUCCUUAUACACAUUUUGACAAAGCUUUUAAAACUCUUAACAGCAGAAACUUUUUACAGAUCAGUUCCCCCAGAUUCCAUUUUGUGAUCUGCUAGCAUUUAAAGAGGAGAAAAGAGUUUAUGUUGGAGAACACUAUUAAGUGAGUAAUUCAAAGCUGUCUGCAGACUGUCAGUAGUGGAUAAUUCUGGCAAAAAUAAAUAAAUCUGGCAACAAAUAGUAUUGUAAAACCACACAAAUGAUAAGACUGUUUGCCAUGUAUAUUGGAUUAAUGGUCCAAAUCGUAUUAUAGAUCAGCUUGAAAAAGACUAUAGUGCUUGCUUUCCUUGUUGCUUAAAUCAGCUGAGCAGUAAUUAAAGCCAACUAUUUACAAGUCCCUUUGCACUGGAAAAUAUAGGCCAGAGGUGAUGUAAAAGACAAAAUAAAUGUCAUCUUUAUGCUGGAAACAAAUGUUAGCUAUGUGCAAUCCACUUUCAGCUUCAAGUUCAGCUUUUUUGUAAUAAUUUAUAUUGACUUUGCUUUCUCUUAAAUUUUCCACUGCCCAAUUGCCAGCAGCUCAGGGUAGGAAAUAGAAGUAUCUUCCCAGCUCAACAGCAUAAAACUUAAUCACAUUUCAUGAAUGAAUUCGUUUUUCUUACCUGACUUAAGUUGAUAGACAAGCAACUUCUUUGGUCCAGUGGUUGACAAGUUUCGAAAUGGUUUUAAAAUAGUUUCAAAAUGUGUAUCAAUUCUAUUAUCUCUAGGAACUGGAGAUAUGAUGAGUUCUGUGAUAUGAAAAUUAUUGAGAACUUUUUUAUUGUUGUGUGUAAGAAUUCCUUAAAUGUUUGGAUUCAGUAGCUCACUGUCAUGUACUGAGGACAGAAAAUUCAACCUGUUCUUAUGCAGUGAAAGAUGAAAACAAUUUUAAGGAACCUCAGAAAGAGGGGGAGGGAAGUCAUGGUUCAAAAUGUUAGAAUUACUGUUGAAUGACUUGUGAAAUGUUUUCUUUUUUUGUUAUAAUCGAAAAUAAUAACUAAAUAAUAAAAUAAUAAUAAAAGAAAGAAAGAAAGAAAGAAAAUACAACCUGUUCCUCUCCACUUUGAAAUAUGGAUAUCUUUUACAUUUACUUGCAAUUAUUUAUACAAAUAAUGAAGAUGCCUCAUUGUAGCGUUCAGAAUCAGCCAACAUGUUAAUUUUUGUAUCAAAGAAAACAAACUAGUACUGUAUUCACUUGUUUGUAUACACUAGUAGGUACAUUUUGAAGGGAUAUAUUUAGAGAUCUGGGGCAAAUCAGCAACAGUGUAAAUAUAUGAGUGGUUCUGUUCAUUUUCUGCAAUAUUUUCUUUGGAUAUGAAAGGCAACCUUGAAUUAGGGUCAUGGCUUUAGGUCUGAUGAACCAGUUUUUAAAUGCUUUUUAAGAUAUCUGCCAUCUCUUUGUAUACUUUAUCUUCUGAAUGUUUUUGGGGGAAAGGGCUGCAUCUUUUAGCUGGAGUUUUCCCCCCCAGUAAAACAAUAAGAGAAAUAAUUUCCCCCUUUUUUAUUUUAGAAACAUUUAGUGUGAAAUACAAGUCAAAUGACUUUGAGUUUCUCUGCUACAUAAACCAUUAAAUUGCUAUUUUUAAGAGCAGGGUUUACUCUGAUGUUUCUACACAUGUCAGUCCCAUUAUGGUGCAUAAAAUACUCAGUAUAAUCUUGUAUAUACCACAAGAAAAGUUAAACUGAGUAUUUUUUGUGUAAUAACAGAGUAAGUUUCUGAAGCUGCAGUGUAUAUAGUUAAGGAACACUGUCUAAAAAGAGUUCAGUUGUUUUGAACCUUUAUGCCCAAUUUUAUUAAUUCACAGGUGAUGCUAUGAUGUGUCAUUUCUGCAUUCAAAGCGGUUACCCAUUUUCAUUUUGGUUAAAUUCCUAGCGAAUGGAGAUAUUUCAGGAAAUGGCUGUGAACUGAUAGGAAAAUAAAUCCUAACGUGUUUAAAUCAGUGAAUGUGCGACACAAUGCAGUCUUUCAACCACAAAGUCUGUUUGCUAAGUGACAAACAAGAAGUACUGAAUCUUAAUUACAAAGUGUUUUAUUUAGAAGGGAAGUGGAAAGGCUAAAAUUCAAGCUGCAUUUAUUUGCAAAUGAUAAAUAAACCCCUACACCUCAAACUUUCUUUAUUUUUAUUUAUCUGUCAAGGGUAAACCCAUGUGAUCUGCAAAGGUUGAUGAGGCCCCCUUGAGUAGAAUCAAGAGCUCUGACAGCUGGCCAAUUGGGAAGGUGAAAUGGUUCAGUGAAUUGGAUAACGGCAGUACAUACCAUAGUGACUGAUUAAAUUGAUUUGUCCAUGGCUGCUGCCUACCUCUUUUCUGCUGCUGAAACACUUUAGCCUACUUUAGAACUCUCAAAGAAAAGAGUGGGGGCUGUAGUGUGCUUCUGGGUGUAUAUGAACCUAAACAAAAGCAGCUGACCUAAAUAUGUGUUCCCAUAAAAAUGUUAACUUUAUUUUGUCAUUUAACUGGAGUUUAUAGAUUUUUCAGAAUGAAUUUCCUUCCCUAGUAAAGGUAAUACUUUGAGUCCGAUCUUCUCUAGCACAGGAAGAAAAAUGAGGGUAGUGAUAUUGACUGAACUAAUUCAUUUCUCGUACAUUUCAACCUAGACAUUUAUAUUUCCUUCCUUAACAACCCUUAAGAAAUGGGUCUGUUUGCUGUGGUGAAGGGGAUGGUUUUAAGUUGUCUCGCUGUAACCAAAUAGACACAGAAGCCAAAGUAAUAGCAGAAUGUUUAGUUGAGAAAGCAGGGAGGGCAGGCAUGAAUCCUUAUUUAGACAAACAAAUGAAAUUACUGAGGAAAAUCUAGCAAAUAUAUUUACUUGGAUAUUAAUGCUGCAUGGAAUAAAGAUAUAACAUAUGAGCAAAUUAAAGAUGGUAUAGUCUAGAAAUGAAUUUUGCCUAUUUUGGGUUCCACUCCAAACUCAAAGAGCAGUUAUUUAUUUGGUUUCUAGUAUUUGGAAAACAAAGAUCUUGAGCAAAUGUUAGUUGGGAAGCAGUAACACAGAAUAUGGAUUACUCUGAAUAUGCACAGGUGAAUGUGGUUUUAUUUUACUUUAUUUUAUUAAGCAAAAGGACCAUGGUCUGCCAAAUCCAGUUCCUGUAUCACAUCAAAUAUUUUCUGCUAUGUCAUAUAAAGUAGAUUUAUUGCCUUAGCUCAUGAGCUUCUAGGCAGACAAAUAUGCAAUUUGAUUCACACUAGCCUAUAAGAUGUUGUUCCACAGCAUCACUUCAAGUUUGUUGUGCAUUGUGAAAUCUUGGUGGUUUGGAGAGCAGGACUGAGGACAGUUUUAUCGACAAGGCUUUCAGAAAGUAUUAUAGCCACCAGGGAGCCUACUACAAUAUGGCAACUGACUAAAUUCCCUCCUGUUUGGAGAUGCAACUCUGAUCCUAAAAUUCCUUACUACACUGAGAGUCGUGGGGCUGCAUAGAAGGUACAUGGUCUCCUACUACACAGUGAGCCAAGCAUCCAUAUGUUCCCAAAAACCUUUGGAAGUCUGAAAAGGGGAGGGAGGGUAGUGGGUGGCUCACCACAUCACCAAAGUCCUUGUUCUGUUACAUAACAAAGACCAACAGACAGCAUAACGGAUAGUUAAUGCCCCACUUGUCAUGUAGAGAGUGCUACUUGCCAUGUGGAAAGUGUCAGUAUUUUGAUUCUCCAUCUCUCAUCUGCCCCAGGCGCAAUCUCUCCCCGCACCCACACAUGUGUACAAGCAUAUAUUUGUGUUGCAUGAUUCCUAAAAAAAAAAAAGGUUAUUCAGAGUAGUCCUUCCAAAAUAUCUGAUAUAAAUCCCCCCCCCCAUUUAAAAUAAGGACUACUGUUACUGAUAACAGUGGCAUUGGCUUAAUUUGAGCAGCAGAAAUAGAUCAGGCUUUAAUUAAGUACUUAACCCGAGGUACCACUGUAGUUGUCCACAUCUUACCUGAGAAUCUUCUGCUACUCUAUUCUAUUUAAUGCAACAAAUAAUUUUGGUAGCCGUGGUUUUAUUGUAUGUGGUUUUAUUGUAUGUGUGGUGCCCAAUGAUUUUUAUGGUUAUUGUUGUUGUUGUUGUUCUCCUUCUGAAUGAUUCCAUGGCCUAUGGCUAGUGCAAUAAAAAGUUUAAUUGGAUUGGACUAGUUGUCCAUUCCUCCCUUUACAAAUUCAGUUUCCCUCAAGAUUGUAUAAAACCGUAUGAAGUUAGCAAUGGUCCCUCCUGACAAAGUGGACCAUGGAACUCUGCAUCAUAUGAAGAUUGCAACAGUUGUCUAAGUGUUAUGGUAAGGUUUGUUCCUUCUGUGGAAAGGAAAUGGCCCCCGCCAGCUGCUAAGGUCCCCAGUGGGGCAUUGUGGUCAGUACAAAAAGCAAGCCUUGAGAAACAACUCCAAAACUUCUUCUAAUUGCAGAGAGAUCUUGGGUUCCUUCGCUGGACUCUGAGCAGAAAUGUAAUCUCUCUGCAUAUGUUCAUUAAAAGAUGAAGGAAGCUUAACAAAUAUACUGAAAUUGAAGGGAAACAUCUAUCAGAGAAGGUAGACAAGCUAAUCUUCAGUUCUGGUUUUCUUAAUGGAUCAGUAGGACUCGGCAUGUUCAGUAGGGGACAGCUACUAAAUCCAAUUUAAAGAGGGCUCCUAACCAUGUUAUAGCCCAGGGGCGGGGAACUUUUUUGGCUUGGCCCCAUCCCAUGGGCCAACUUUGGCAGGUGGGUGGAUCAACCCACUUGUCAAUCACAUGAUGCUACUAGAACACCACUAUGCUAAUCAAAAUGGGUGGGACGGUUGCACUUCUUGUCCUUUUAUAUUUUCAGUUUAUUUUAUAAACCUAUUAAGUGUUUCACAGUUCAGGGAAAGACUAUAAACAAAUAUUUUCAGUAUCUGUCUAAACAUCAGGAUGUUAAUUGUCUGUCUAAUUUCAGCUGGCAACUGAUUCCAGGGGGCUGGAGCUGUAACACUAAAAGCCUGGCUUGUAGUCCGAACCCUGUCAGAGGAGUAGUGUUGUUAAGCAGGUGGCACAGCAGUAAAACUGAUAGCACAUUUGCAAAGCUAAGCAGAGUCAUCCAGCCCAACCCCCCUCAACAUACAAUCCCCCAUCCAGUUUGAAACCAUGCCAGAGCAUGCUUACCUUUGCAAAUAUCCUAGCAGUUUUAUUGCUGCGGAACUAGGAUGAAUUUAUCAUUACACAGUGGGGUGGUGCUUACAGAGAAAGAGAGUGGCAUAUCAUCCGCAUACAAGUGACACUUGAUCAGCGGCUUCAUAUAGAAAUUAAAUAGCAUCGGAGACAAAAUAGUGUCCUGACGCAACCCCAUAACACAGAUGCCAGGGAGCCAAAGAUCCUUUCCUCAGUGCUGUUCUCUGGAACAGAUUCACCAUGUAAGACUGGAAUCAAUAUAAAAACACUGCCCUGGACUCCCAUCCUGUAGAGCUAGUUCAAGAGGAUACCACGGUCAAUGGUAUCAAAACAUGGAGAGAUUAAAUAGAAGCAAGGUCUCACUCCCCUUGUCCCUCUCCCAAUGAAGGAAAGACAAAGGCAACAAACAUGGGCAUAGCCAGGGGUUAUGUUAGGGGGGCAGACUUUGUGUUGGGGAGGCAGAACCUCUGUUAAGUAUGUUUUAUUGAUUUACUUGAUUUGGGGGGGGGAGCUGCCCCCCUGGCCACCUUGGCUGCACCCAUGGCAACAAAGGCAAUUCAAGCCACUGAAAUGAGUCUAGAUAAUCAGUUUCAACUAGGAAGGAUUGCAGCUGCUCCAGUGCUCUCAGUUACCUUCACAAGAAAAUACAUAUUAAUAACCAGUGAAAACCCAACUAUCACAUACUAGUGGACUCAAAGCAGAAGGCACCACCCCAUCGAAUAAUGAUAAAUUAACACUUUGGACUCAUCUAGUCAUGCUCUGCUUGAUAGUUUAUAUUAACCAUAAGGAACAGGGAUCAUGCAGGCAUGUGGUCAGAUGCAUAGCCACAAGCAGCUUGUCAUAGAAUCAUAGAAUUGUAGAGUUGGAAGGGACCACAAGGGUCAUCUAGUCCAACCCCGUGCAAUGCAGGAACCUUUUGUCCAACAUGGGGCUCAAGGCCUCCCGCCUGUGACCCUGCGAUUGAGUCUCAUGCUCUGCCGACUGAGCUACCAAGAGAUUGUUCCCAUAAAAUUUGGUUAAAGGUGGGUUGACAUCUCAUGUGGUUUUGCACUAGCUAUGGUAUCACAGCGCCCAGAAAUUUUACCCUAGAAUGCUUCCAAAAACUUUACUCCCUCAGGGGCCAGUAACCUCCAAACCACUCUGAAGAACUCCGCUGGACUGCUAGCAGCAGAUGCAACACAGGCAGCAAACGAUGCCUUCACUGUAAGGUGCUGGGAACAAUUACUGUAUAUGUGCUCCAACCGAUGUUUGGAAAGCUUUGGUGUGAUAUUUCCACCACUUGCUCUUUAGCAGAGUGGCCUAGGCAUAUUUUAAAUCACUGAACAAGCAUAUGAAUAGAUAAAAUUAAUCCGAACCCUCCGACUUGUGCCAAUACUAUAAUGAUUUUAAAACUGCAAGAGAGAGGCAAUUGUUUAGAUUCUUGCUGCCCUCUAGUGGAGUAUGUUUAAACAUUCAAAAAGAUUAAACACAUAAAGUAUCUUUAUCUCAGUAACUCAUUGCCAAAAUUUUCCGUUGUUUCUUUUAUUUCUGACCCCCUGGUGCACUUUCUCUUGUUCAGUGGAGGCCUAUUCACACUCAAAGUUAUUUGAAUGUAUAAUGCAAUACAAUGUAUAACAUUGUUUAAUACGUUUGUGUGAGAGUUUAUACUGGCAUUAUUGUUAUCCUAUAACUUAGUGCUGUCUGUGCAAAUUUCCUUUGGUAUAGUUUGUUUCAAAAUUCUUGCAGUAUUUUGGAUGCUUUGUUAAAGACAUGGGCUUGCUUGGAUCAUAAGAUAAAUUAGCCUAAGGAAAGUUACAGAAAUUUCCUGUGCCCACUGACACUUUGAGAACAGGAUCAGGUACAUAGUUUGGGAAUGCUCAUUGGUACUAAUAGAUGCUAAUUGAUCCUGCAUUGCCAUUAGAGGCACAAAUCAUCUUAGUGACUCAAAGCACCUUUUAAUAACUGAUUGUCCAAUUGCCAACUAUGGCGAUUCCUCAGUGGCAGUAACUUCUGUUAACCUGUUUGUUCCUGUUUGGAAUUGCUGUAUACAUUGGGUUGUCCAUAAAUUUCAAGUGGUCCAGAACAGUAGUAUUAUAGCAAUUUUAUCAUUGGGGACCAGAUGAUCUAAACAUAUGCUAGUGGUUUAUCAUCUGUACUAGUCCUUUGCCCAUUUCCAAGCUCAAUUCAUAGUUCCAAUUUUGACCUUAAAAGUCCUAAUGGAUUGUGACCAGGGAACUGGAAGGAUAGUCUUCUCCCACAUGUACCUAUCCCUUUAUAUUAGGAAGCUCUCCUCUGGGUGCCCCAGCCAAGUGAAGUGUAACAACCGAUCACAGGAAAAAGAGGCUUUUCUGUGGUGUCACCUAUCUGGGUUAUCACCCUCCCUAGGCAGGCUCUCUAGAAACUUUAUUUCCCCCCCACACCAAGCAAAGACCUUUUUAUAUCCUCAUGCUUUUUGGAUACAUCUAUUAUUAAUUAAUUAAAUUUAUAUGCCUCCCUUAUACCCACAGGUCUCAGGGCAGUCCACAAGAUACUUUUAACCCAUUGAAUUUUAUAUCAUCUGUGUGCUUUAGGUGAUACUGUUUUAAUUUGCUGCUGCUGAAAUCUUUGCUGCUUUUGACAAUUGCUGACUUUUGUGCUGUUUCAGUGUUUCACUGUUGGAAGCUAUCAGGAGUAUGAGGUUGUUGGGUGGCAUACAGAUGGCAGCACAGGGAGGCAGCAGUGCUCAUCUGACCUCCAGGCACUUGGGUUGCUGCUGAAUACCAGAAUGGAGAGGGGGAGGGGGAGAGGUGAAACAGCGGGCAGGUCAGUGCAGUGCAAACACACCAGUGGAACCAUUCCAGCAUUCCUGCUGGUACAUUGAGCUUCUCCUUCCUGAUGAUGCAUACAGAUAGUGUAAAGAAAUAAACAAUUAAAAGACUCAAUACUUGUAGUAUCAUUUGCUCCCAUGAACCCUUGUUAUCUUUCCCUCUCAUUUCCCUCCCCCUCUGCUGCAUCUUAUCUUUGCUGUCCCCUCCCUUUUUCCUCUGUUGUCUUUCCCUGCGUAGCUCAGUUAAAAUUUUGCUUGAAUCUUCUACACUUCUUCCCCUACCCAUAUUGGUCUGUAAAAUAACAUGUAGGAAAGAUAAACUUCAUUGAUCAGUUCAUUUUUCUAAUAUGCCUACAGUUCUUUGCUGAGCACCACCCAUUCCAUGAUUCAUGGUAUAUUCUGAAUUUUAUAUUAUUUGUAGACCGUGAGGUGGUUUUCUUGACAGUGUGUUUGAAUUGGGACUUCGUAAAGAGUUAGUUACUGCCAGUUCUUCAUUUAAUUCAUUGUGUCAUUGCCUUGUUUCUGGUGGACUAAGGUAAACACUAAGAGAAUUGGCAAAUCUCAAUGACAGACAUUGCUCUGGAGAUGGAAUGUCUUUGAAUACCAGUUGCUGGAGAACACAACUGGAGGUGGUCCUUUUGUGUUUAUGUCCUGCUUUCAGUCUUCGCAUAGGCCACUGUGAGGAAAGGAUGCUGGAAUAGAUGGGACUUUGGUUUGAUCCAGUACGGCUAUUCAUACAUUCUUGUGUAGAUAUACAGUGGUGCCUCGCAAGACGGAAAACCCGCUAGACGAAAGGGUUUUCCGUUUUCUGAGCUGCUUCGCAGGACGAAUUUCCCUAUGGGCUUGCUUCGCAAGACGAAAAUGUCUUGCGAGUCUUGAAUUUUUUUUUUGCUCCCCCCCCUUUUUCUAAGCCGCUAAGCCGCUAAUAGUCUUUUAGCAGCUAAGCCGCUAAGCCUUUAAUAGCCGCUAAACCGCUAAUAGCGCUAAUCCGCUAAUCCGCUAAUAGGGUUGCUUCGCAAGACAAAAAAACCGCUAGAUGAAGAGACUCGCGGAACGGAUUAAUUUCGUCUUGCGAGGCACCACUGUACAAGCAAACAUGCACCAAAUGUAUGCUCACACAUGUCAGCCUCAAACACACUCAACAGACAGUCUCUGGAUACGUAAGUGCCUGGCUGUUCACCUGCAACUGUAAUGGAUAUCUGCCUAGCUGUGCAGGUCACUUUUGUUUGUAUUGAAAAGGAGCAGGAAAGUGGCACACUUCUUACCAGAUUAUGAGUAAUUAGAACAAGCCACAGAUGUAUGAGCGUUGUCGAAAUCUCUUUGGUGGCAUGAAGCGCAGGCCCUGCGCUGGUUGUUCUCAUUCUACUCCCAAAUUGCACAAGCAUGUACAAUGACCCAUAAAUCCUUUUUUUCAUUUGAGGACACCUUUGAAUAAUGAAGAAAUCAUUUCCUUUUUAAAAUAACUCUUAAACAUCUUGGGUCACCCAAACAAUUGCAGAUAAAGCAUCCCCCUCCCCCAUUUUUUGAUGCAUAGAGCAAAAAAAAAUGCACCUGUUAAGCCUCUUAUAGUUUAAGAAAAUAUUUAUCUUUUGCAGAUGCUACAAUUGUGGUGGCCUCGAUCAUCAUGCUAAAGAAUGUACACUACCUCCACAGCCAAAGAAGUGCCAUUACUGUCAGAGUAUCAUGCACAUGGUGGCGAACUGCCCACAUAAAACUGUUCUGCAGCAGCCCACUAGUUAUCAGGGAAGAUACGAAGCAGAUCCCCAGCCCUCAGGGGCUUAUGGCUACACAUCUCCAUCCUAUUCUCAGGAGGGAAGAGCAGAUGUCUUAGAACGCUCAGGCAGGUCACCGCAAGAAGCUGGAGCAUCGAGUAAAUUAUCUCCAUCGCCUGAAGAACAGAGCCGGAAGGGGCCUUCUGUUCAAAAAAGGAAAAAGACUUAG